AUGGAAACUACAGUUUGUGCACUGAUAUACUUUGAGAAGAAAUCCCAAGUUCUGGCUGAAAUUUACCAUGAGCUGUCUGAAAUCUACCAUGAGCUGGCUGAAAUCUACCAUGAUCUGGCUGAAAUCUACCAUGUUCUGGCUGAAAUCUACCAUGAUCUGGCUGAAAUCUACCAAGUUCAGGCUGAAAUCUACCAAGUUCAGGCUGAAAUCUACCAUGAUUUCUGAAAAGUGCAGUAUAAUGAUAUUCUGUUACCUAUGUGAGGUAGUCUGCCGGUCUCAGACCCUUUAUGUGAAUCCCAGACUCCAGAUGCCCCUGUUCUGGUGGACUGACUGGGAAGGGAACAGGACAGACGUAAUUACGUUAGUUGUAGCGUCGCUCUGCCUGUUGGUGAUGUUUUCUAAAGGCUAUUCCAUCUUCCAUCCUCCCCUAACCCCCCUUGUACACACGCAUUCACUUAGCCAAGCACAUCUGUGGAUGGUCCUCAUAGUGUUCUAAUGUAACCAAUGGAAACGGCAUUAGCUAGUCCUCCGUCAUUUGUUUGGUUGCCUUAUCACCGAUGUUCCAGAAUUGGAAUGCUGCCUGACCCUAUUUGGCGGAGUGAUGAAUGUCUCCUUUCAGUGGUCGUUGCACAACAUCUGUGUGUGUGUGUGUGUGUGUGUGUGUGUGUGUGUGUGUGUGUGUGUGUGUGUGUGUGUGUGUGUGUGUGUGUGUGUGUGUGUGUGUGUGUGUGUGUGUGUGUGUGUGUGUGUGUGUCUGUGUGUGUGUGUGUGUGUGCGUGCGUCUUACACACGAUUCGCCCGUAUGCAUUUUCAAUUGUAGGUUUUUUUAGUAGCCAUUUUUGAAAUGUAUUUAUGUAACGCUGCUUUUGACCCCACCAUGGUAUGUAUUUUAUUCCAUUUAGGCAAAAUACAUUUUCUUUAAAAUAUAUCUGGAAUCCAUUGAUCUUUCAAUAAGCUUCAUGUAUUUUUAUGUCCCCGACCAGUAGUGUAAUGGUUACGGGUAUUUCUCUCCCCCCCCCCCCUUGAAAAUAGAGGACAAAAUGGUGGCCAUGUGUUUGAUUUAUUUAACCUUUAUUUAGUCCCAUUGAGACCAACGUCUCUUUUUCAAGGGAGCCCUGAAUGACAAGACCAGCAGGCUUCCAAGUCUGGUCCCAGAUCUGUUUGUGCUGCCUUGCUAGAUCCUAUGGUCAUUGUUAGGCCAAUUGGAAAAAACAGAUCUGAGACCAGGCUGUAUGCCUCCCACAGAUGUCACAGAUGUGUAUCGGUCCAAAUAAAGGCCUGCAGGUGUUGUGGUCCGUAUCAGGGGUGUGUUGAUUGUUUUUACAUCGGGGGUCACUGCCUGAACAACAGCAGGAGGAGGAACUGAACUGAAAUGAAUAAGACCUGUGUUUGGUCACUGGACGCGGGUAUAUAUAGCCCUGGCUUCCUGGUCUGUCUGGGGCAGAAGGGGGAGGGAGGAGGUUGGGGUGUGGGGGGUGAGAGGUAGGAGUGGGGAGAGGGAGAGAAGGGUUGAAGAGGUUCAUUUCAGGGCCAAGUUUGAGAGGGUUGAGCGAGAUGAUUGCCCGCAGAUGGUAGUAGUUAAAUGGUGUGUGUGAGAGUGUGAGAGAGAGAGAGAGAGAGAGAGCGAGAGAGAGAGAGAGAGAGAGAGAGAGAGAGAGAGACAUGUGUGUGUGUGCGUACGUGCAGUGUGUGUACGUGUGUGUGUGUGUGUGUGUGUGUGUGUGUGUGCGUGCGUGCAGUGCGUGUGGUGUGUGUGUGUGUGUGUGUGUGUGUGUGUGUGUUCAGUGCAUGCGGUGUGUGUGUGUGUACGUGUGUGUGUGUGCAGUGUGUGUGCGUGCAGUGCGUGCGGUGUAUGUGUGUGUACGUGUGUGUGUGUGCAGUGUGUGUGCGUGCAGUGCAUGCUAUGUGUGUGUGUGUGUGUGUAUUGUUCCGUCAGUAAGGUAGUGGGUCACCCUCUCUCUCACACUCUCUCUCACACUCUCUCUCACACUCUCUCUCACACCUCUCUCUCAACCUCUCUCUCAACCUCUCUCUCAACCUCUCUCUCACCCUCUCUCUCACCCUCUCUCUCACCCUCUCUCUCACCCUCUCUCUCACCCUCUCUCUCACCCUCUCUCUCAACCUCUCUCUCACCCUCUCUCUCAACCUAUCUCUCACCCUCUCUCUCACCUCUGUGUCUGACUCUGGCUUUGGUUCAUCCUCAGAGAGACAGACAGAUGUAUUGUUUAUUGUCUUUGGUUACAGCCAAAAAGAGGACAUUAGGAAUGAUCAUUUCCUCUCCUUUGUAUGUGUGCUGUGUGAGGGCGAAGGAGGAAGAGAGAGGGCGAUAGACCGAAAGAGUGAUGGAGACCUUUAUGUCCUUACCUUAAACCUUAACUUUUAACCCUGUCCUAAACCUUAGAUUUUAACCCUAUCCUAAACCUUAGAUUUUUAACCCUGUUCUAAACCUUAACUUUUAACCCUGUUCUAAACCUUAACUCCUAACCUAAGAAACCAACCACCCUGACAAUUCUCUCUAACAAACAGCAUAUUUUCCACAGCCUGAACCUCCUAGUCCAAGACUCUGUGAAAUCAUGUCAACUAUCAUCGGGACUCAAGGUGUUUCCAAACUGCUGACACACAGAAAAGUGCAGGAGGAAGACUUCCCAAAAGAAAGAAGAAGAAAAAGCUAGGAACACCAACAGGAAAACAGCUAGGAACACCAACAGGAAAACAGCUAGGAACACCAACAGGAAAAACAGCUAGGAACACCAACAGGAAAACAGCUAGGAACACCAACAGGAAAAACAGCUAGGAACACCAACAGGAAAAACAGCUAGGAACACCAACAGGAAAACAGCUAGGAACACCAACAGGAAAACAGCUAGGAACACCAACAGGAAAAACAGCUAGGAACACCAACAGGAAAAACAGCUAGGAACACCAACAGGAAAACAGCUAGGAACACCAACAGGAAAACAGCUAGGAACACCAACAGGAAAAACAGCUAGGAACACCAACAGGAAAACAGCUAGGAACACCAACAGGAAAAACAGCUAGGAACACCAACAGGAAAACAGCUAAGAACACCAACAGGAAAACAGCUAGGAACACCAACAAAAACGCUAGGAACACCAACAGAAAACAGCUAGGAACACCAACAGGAAAACAGCUAGGAACACAACAAAACACUAGGAAAACCACAGGAAACCUAGGACACCAACAGGAAACAGCUAGGAACACCAACAGGAAAAACAGCUAGAACACCAACAGGAAAACAGCUAGGAACACCAACAGGAAAACAGCUAGGAACACCAACAGAAACACUAGGAACACCAACAGGAAAACAGCUAGGAACACCAACAGGAAAACAGUAGGAACACCAACAUGAAAAACAGCUAGGAACACCAACAGGAAAACAGCUAGGAACACCAACAGAAACAGCUAGGACACCAACAGGAAAACAGCUAGGAACACCAACAGGAAAACACUAGGAACACCAACAGGAAACAGCUAGGAACACCAAGGAAAAACGCUAGGAACACCAACAGGAAAAACAGCUAGGAACACCAACAGGAAAACAGCUAGGAACACCAACAGGAAAACAGCUAGGAACACCAACAGGAAAACAGCUAGGAACACCAACAGGAAAAACAGAUAGGAACACCAACAGGAAAAACAGCUAGGAACACCAACAGGAAAACAGCUAGGAACACCAACAGGAAAAACAGCUAGGAACACCAACAGGAAAACCAGCUAGGAACACCAACAGGAAAACAGCUAGGAACACCAACAGGAAAAACAGAUAGGAACACCCAACAGAAAAACAGCUAGGAACACCAACAGGAAAACAGCUAGGAACACCAACAGAAAAACAGCUAGGAACACCAACAGGAAAACAGCUAGGAACACCAACAGGAAAACAGCUAGGAACACCAACAGAAAACAGCUAGGAACACCAACAGGAAAACAGCUAGGAACACCAACAGGAAAACAGCUAGGAACACCAACAGAAAAACAGCUAGGAACACCAACAGGAAAACAGCUAGGAACACCACAGAAAACAGCUAGGAACACCAACAGGAAAACAGCUAGGAACACCAACAGGAAAAACAGCUAGGAACACCAACAGGAAAACAGCUAGGAACACCAACAGGAAAAACAGCUAGGAACACCAACAGGAAAACAGCUAGGAACACCAACAGGAAAACAGGGAGAGUGUAACCAGAUUCAGCUCCUUCAGUCUCCCUCCAGAAACUGCAGCGCUGGUGAAGAGGACGUGUGUGUGUGUGCAGACAAUUUAUUACAAGGUCAUUGAUUUACUUCCAGGUAGUCACAGUUAUAUACUCAAUAAUUAGUCGUUGUAAUGUUCUGUUUUGCAGGCUUAUUUCAUAAAGUAAUUACCUUAUAUUUACUUUACAAAAUGAUCUGUGAACGAGGUGUACUUUUAGGUCCUUACUUGAAAGAACAUAUUACCAUUUCUUAGUACCUCAUAACUACCCUGUAAUUUUGCAGUUGAGGGUAGGGUACACUUUCAACCACAUUGCAUUUUCUCAGAAAGAAAAACUUGAACCUCACCCUCAAGGCUGUGGUUAUAGAUCCACGCCCCAACCGAACAUUUACUACAAAGCGUUUCCUGCAAAACAAAGUGGUUUUGCUCUGAAAAACAUUUGUCGUCUAAUCUUGAACACUAAGAACACUGCGCCUACCUCUAAAUCAGAUUGGAGACCAAGAUUAUGCGAGUUGCUAGGUAGAUGUAUGUAACGGUAACUUGAAUGAACCUAUCAGUGCUAUCUGUUGGUUUUCAAACUUCAAGGGUGAUUUGAGGUCACAACUGUCAACCCCCCCCCCCCCCCCCCCCCCCCCCACAUACUGUGCAAAUGUGGUUUCCUCGUUUCCUCUUGGCAUAUUUUCUUUUUAUGAAAACGGAAAAAGAGCUGUAAAGACAUGUUUUCAAAAUCUCAUUCAAAUCUCAUUCAAAUCUCAUUCAAAUCUCAUUCAAAUCUCAUUUAAAUCUCUUUUUUAAUCUUGCACAAACAUUUCUUUGGAAACAGAUAUUCUUAGAGCCUCCAAAUCAAUAUGGAUGUGUUUUGUUCCUCCAUAGGCAGUGGUUUGAGCGAGCGUUCAUGCCUCGAGCACUCCUCAUCUGUUAAUUGUGUGCAUGUGAUAGUCAGGGGGGGCACUAAGUCGAAGACACUGUCACAUUGUUAGCUCAGCUCCCCCUCUUGAAUUAUUUCUGUUUUCAGCGCUGAAUGGGAAAUAUUUUCAAUAACUCAUGAAUUCUCUAAUAAUUCUGCUGUUCAGCCAGCGGGUGAUACAAUAUCUCUGCUAACGAGGAGUCAUAUUCACAUAAUGUUGUUGACGGUUUGACCGCUGGGCUUCGGGUUCACCUUUUCGUUUGUUGAAUUGUGGUCUGCUUGGGAAUAAUACCAAAACUCCUCACCACAUAAAAUACAUGAAAUGAAUCUGUUGUUGGGUUCGACCGUUUGGAACGUCUCUUAAAGCUUAGUCUGUCUGUCUGCUAAUAAUACCAAAACUCCUCACCACAUAAAUACAAGGUUUGUUGAAUGAUGAGUUUUGUACACCCUGUUGACUGUUGACGACAGUUGGGUUCACCUAAUCGUGGUGUCACACCCUUUCCUGUAGCUUCUGAACGUCUCCUAAGUCCUCAAUAUGAACUGCGACAUUGUGUGUGACUGUCUGUCUGAAAGUGACUUAGAAACCCCUCACCACACUAGCAGUAUGAUAGUGUGGUGUGACCUGCACACUAUUUGUGCCAUGCCACCUCCACCUGUGAUUCUCCCAUCAGAGUGCUUUGACACCACAUGACAUCUCAUAAACAAUGUCCGUCCGUCCGUCCCCCCCCCGACUUCUGAAUUACCGCUGACAGCCAGGGGCCCUGCUCUCCUCUCUGCUCCCAUGUCUCCCUCUGAUCUCCCUCUCUUCUCUCUCUUCUCUCUCUUCUCUCUCUCCGUCAGAAUCCCCCCAGCAGCUGGACUAACCAUCAGUAACCAAGGGAGAUCACACAGAGGCACACACUCACACAGGCGGUCACACACACACACGCACACACACACACACACACACACACACACACACACACACACACACACACACACACAGACACACACACACACACACAGACACAUCCAGCAGCACACCCUAGUCCCGCUCAUUAAAGCAAAUUAUAUCAGCCCACCAAAGCUGGCUUGCUCUCUCUCUCUCUCUCUCUCUCUUUGUCUCUUUCUUUCAAACUAUUAAUUUUUCUCUCCGAAACACUCGUUAUUUUUACUUCAUAGAAUUCGUCUUCUAAUUCGAGCCCCACACUGCCGGCACCGAUCCUCGUAGUUAUAACACCAUAUAUUAUUAUUAUUAUAAUAUUAUAAUAUUAUUAUUGUUAUUAUUAUUAUUAUUAUUAUUAUUAUAAUAUUAUAAUAUUAUUAUUAUUAUUAUUAUUAUUAUUAUUAUUAUUCCACACAGUGGUUACAAAGGACAUGUUCCAGCCACUAUAUUUGUUAAGGAGCAUCAACAACUAAGAGAGAGAAGUCUCGUUCAAUGAAAUGUGCCCAGUUAGCAACAAGGGGCUUUAGGGAGAGGCAGAUCUGGUGAAUACGCACACAUAUAGUUAUGCCGAGAAAAUAAUGGGAGAUUUUCGCUACGUUCCACAAACUCUUUGAUCCUCCAAUGAACGUUUUUUUUUUAGCUUUUGAUGCUCGUCCGUGGCUUCCUGAAACAAGCAACAGAGUUUACUGAUGGUUCUGCAAGGUUUUUCCUGUUCUUAACAGUGUAAUUAGGGUAUAAUGAGGGUAUGGAGAGAGAUGUGCCUCUUCUUCUCCUGUAGCUUAUUUGCGUAUCUUUCCCUGAGCCUGAAAAGGUGGUAACUCACUCACAGCACAGGGUUGGGUUUUCUUGACCAGCGCUGUUGGAAAUCAAAUCUUCUCUCUCUUAUGCCCCAGUUUCCCAUUUACUCUACGAGUGUCUCCAAAAAAACGAGUGCUUGGCUUUUUCCUGAGGACCUGUUUUGGAUUGAAGACAGUGGCAAGCCAAAAAACUAAAACAUAAUUCGACACCCCACCAUGCAGUUUGGGAAAGGCCCAUUCCUGUUCACCUCUCUCUCUCACACAAAUGACAAGAAGUCAAUUGUUCCAGCACCUAGAUUUCACAAAAAGGAUAAUCCUAGAAAUUAUUUAUGAUUUCUAGUCUAGUCACAUCACAGGACAAAAAAGACAAACUAUUUGUCCUCACUCCCACAGAAUGUCAGUGUCUUCCUCCCCACUGAGUUCUCAGACCAGACCUCAUCAAAAUACGAGUUUGUCGAAGUAACAGAAGCUGUAUUCUAUUCAAUGUCAACAUUUCAAAACGUAGAUUAAACGUUAACGCUGUGUUGUGUUCCAUUGACCCAUUCUAAAAGGUCACAAAUCAGAUAGUCAGCUAAUGUUAUUUACUCUAAUCUUCUUUCUGUUCAGGUUGUCUGUUAGAAAUGUCAUGUCAAGCCUUCCUAUGUCUGCCACGCCACGUCUGAUAUUUCCCUGGUAUUUCCAUCUCUCUCUCUCUCUCUAUAUAUAUAUAUAUCCUAUCUGUUUCUCUUCAUCUCUCUCUCUCUCUCUCGCUCUCUCUUUGAUAGCCUUUAAUGGUUGACAUAGGGGAAAGUACCCACUCGGCGCACACUGGUUGAAUCAACAUUAUUUCCACGUCAUUUCAAUGAAAUUACAUUGAACCAACGUGGAAUAGAUGUUGAAUUGACGUCUUCCCCCAUCUGGAUAUAAACCACAGCAAAACCGCCCACAGGAUAUCAACGCGUUAUCAGUAGCCUGCCGCAUCUGGAGAAUUAACUUGAGCGAACUACGGACUACGGACUACGGACUGCGGACUACGGACUGUAAAACCAUCUCUUCUUUCUUUAUUGAGGAUCAAACUAUGCCAUUGUAAAAGAGAGGGAGAGAAAAGGGGGAGUAAAAAAGGAAAGAAAGCUAGAUGAUGUUUAAUUAGGAACCAAAGUCUCGCUGAUGAAUAAUACAACCCCCAGGAUAAGAUGGAGAUUGCGAUCAUCUUUUUCAUGACGCCUGUAUCGGCUUGCACGUCCUUGUGCGAGGAGCGAGGAGGUGGCAUUGUUUCACUGUUACUUGGCCCAUACACUGCCAAAAAACAAGGACUCUUAGCCUGAGUCCCAGAUCUGUUGCGCUGUCUUGACAACCUCUAGGUCAUUGUCAUGCCAAAUGAUAUUCAGUUGGCAAGACGUGUCUAAACAGAUCUGGGACUCUGGAAGUCUACAGCACUAUCAAUACACAAGGCAUUUGUGCUGGGACAUCCUGGCAUUUGACACCUUGAUAUUUUGUGGCGAAACAUGGCAAAUGUCAGCGAUCUCUCCAGUGGACCCAAACAGAUCCAUGCACCUUUGUUGUGGGUUGACCUUUCUUUCGAAGCAAUGGAAUGAUGGAAUGAUAAACUCUCUUCUUUUCUUUGUCUGUUAAAAACAAUAUAUAUACCUACAGUUGUGAAAAGUUUUCUUCCAGACUUUUCAGAAGCAAGAUUGACAGCUGGAUAUCAGGGGAUAAGAUUCUGAUGGAAUGAUUAAGAUCAGCCUCGCUGUAUAUAUCUCUCUCUCUUUCCCUCUCUCUCUGUCUCUCUCUCGCUCUCUCCCCCUCACUCUCUCUCUAUCUCUCACUCUCUGUCUCUCUCUCGCUCUCUCCCCCUCACUCUCUCUCUCUCUCUCUCUCUCUCUCUCUCUCUCUCUCGCUCUCUUUUUCUCUCUUCCUCUUGAAGAUUAUGCUGAUAAUUUAUUUUCUUCCUGAAUCAAACUUUGGUGAUAGCAGAUAGACGAUAGAAUGGCCUUACUUCAAAAGGAGGCCUAGGCAAGAAAAGGAGGUUGUGAUGAUCAUUGGAGCUGGGUGGCAUUUGGAACUUUGAAAGCAAACACAUGAAGACCUUGGGAAACCUUUAAUCAGAGCUAAACUUUUUCUGCCUCGUGUAGGAUUGGGAGGACUCAAAUAGAGCUCUGGGGAGGAGUGAACAGAUACUAUCGUCAUUGUCAUCUAAUCUCAUGGCCAUGUUCUCUGAAUGUCUAUAGCUGAAAUGUUCCACAUAUGGAGUGGAAGUUGAAUAGGACUGUUUAUGUGAUGCUACACCGCUGUCACUAACUCCUCUCUCUCUCUCUCUCUCUCUCUCUCUGUAUAUCUAUAUAUAUAUCUGAUAUUUAUGGUUCUAUAUGUAUAUCUAUGUAUCUAUAUAUCUUAUGGUAUAUAUAUGGAAUAUAUAUUUAUGUAUAUAUAUAUAUAUAUACUAUAAUUUAUUGUAUAUAUAUUAUAUUUACGUAUAUAUAUUAUUUUAUGUAUAUAUCUUUUAUGUAUAUAUAUAUAUAUACGUAUAUACUAUUAGUAUAUCUAUAUAAGUAUAUAGUAAGAUAUAUAUCAUAUAUAUUAUAUCGCUCUCAGACUAUAUCUAUAUUCUAUAGAUAUAUAUAAUAUAUAUCUAUAUCUCUAGCUAUAUAUACUUUCACUAUCAAUAUAAUAUAUAUAUAAGUAUCAUAUAUAUAUAAGCAUCUAUAAGUAUUAUAAUCCUCUCGAUAUAUUAUAUAUUUUUAUGCAUCAUAUAUAAGUAUAUAUUUAUCUCUAUAUAUACUUUAGCGGUCAUUAUAUAUAUACUUUAUAGUUAAUUAGAUGUAUCAGAUCUCAUAUAUUAUAUAGUAUAUACUCCCUUUAAAGGAGAGAUAAUAUAUAUAUAUUUCCGUAUCCUUCUAUAUAUCCUCUUCUCUAUAUUCUUAGAUAUCAUUAGUCAUUAUAUAUAAGAUAUAUUUAUUAUGUAUAUAUAUAUCUAUAUACGUUAUCUGUCUACUAUCUAUCUCUAUAUAUCAUGUAUGUAUAUUUAUACUCUAUAGAUCAUAUACAUUUAUGUAUGUAUAUAUCAUCCUCUCCUCUAGUUCGAUACUAUAUAUAGAUCUUUUCUGCUCUCUCUUCUAGAAUACUACUAUACUCUCUCUCUCUCUCUAUCAUAUAUAGUAUCAUUAUGAUUGUGUGGUGUCUCAUAUCGACAGACUCUCUCUCUAUAUCUAUCAUAUCUCUCGCUUCUCUCUUCUUCUAUCUAGAUAUCCUCUGUCUCUAUCUCUCUAUUCUCCUAUAUCUCUCAUAUCUAUCGCGCCUCUAUUUAUCCCUCCUGUAUCUCUUAUCUCAGCUUUAUCUUUCGUAUGUCUAUUCUUCUCUAUAUCUCUCUUUAUGUCGCUAUAUCUACACCCAUAUCUCUGUAUCUCUCUCUUGGAUCCUCUCUGUAUCUCUAAUUCUACAUCUCUCUCGUUCUGUCUCUCUGUCUCUUCAUGUCUCUUCGGUAUCUCUUCGUAUCUUCUCUCCCUCCCUCUCUAUCCAUAUAUCCUCCUCAUAUCCUCUCUCUCGAUCUCUUUUCUUCUCUACUACGAUCUCCAUUAUAUGAUAUGCCUCAUCGUAUCUCUCUCUCUUCUCUCUCUCUCUCUCUCUCUCUUCUCUCUCUGUAUCUCUCUCUCUCUCUUCUCUUCCUCUGUAUCUCUCUCUGUAUCUCUCUCUCUCUCUCUCUCUCUCUCUCUCUCUCUCAGGGAGCUCCUGGGCCCAGACUUCACAGAAACCCAGUACAGUGAGGAUGGGCAGCCUGUAACUGUGGCCACCAAUUACACUGUAAGUCUCUAUCCCUCCCCCACUACUCACCCUCUCUCUCCCUCUCCCGGUUCUCCCCACGACCCUCAUGCCUAUCACUACUCAGCCUGCUGGAUUCUCAGACCUCCAUCACAUGAUGUUUCAGGGACAGCAGAAAACACUAUCACAUGCUUUUACUACCACACACACACACACACUACCACAGGGCAUGUACACACAUACACACAUACACACAUACACACACACACACACACACACACACACACACACACACACAUACGCACACAGGAGGAGUCUGUCAAACUAUGCUUUGAUUGAUUUAGAAUGAGCAUCUUUCCCAGAAAAGUUGUAAAUAGAUUGGUACAGAUAGUGCCAUACACUUCAAAUUCAGUGUCAAGGUUUGAACCUCUUACGGCUACGGUUCUACGCCUGAAUCGUCCCUCUCUACCGUUUACUGUGAAUAUAAACUCUUUAUUGGUCCAUUUCUCCGUAUGGACAUUUCUGAGGCUAGGAUUUCAGUUGAACACAUUUCAGGUUUGUAUGAAGGCUUUAAACCUAUUAUGUGUUCUGCAGAGUUUCUAAGUUUAUCUUUAUUGUGAGUUAUUCUACCGGAGAUGUUCAGUCAUUUAUCAUCAUCAUCAUCAUCAUCAUCAUCAUCACCGUCAUCGUCAUCGUCGUCGUCGUCGUCGCCGUCGUCAUCGUCGCUGUCGUCAUCAUCAUCAUCAUCACCUUCAUCAUCGUCGUCAUCGUCAUCGUCAUCGUCAUCGUCGUCGUCAUCGUCACCAUCAUUAUCAUUAUCAUCAUCAUCAUCGUCGUCAUCAUCAUCGUCGUCGUCGUCGUCAUCGUCAUCAUCAUCAUCAUCGUCAUCAUCAUCGCCAUCAUCAUCGUCGUCAUCAUCAUCAUCGUCAUCAUCAUCAUCAUCAUCAACGUCGUCGUCGUCAUCAUCAUCAUCGUCAUCAUCAUCGUCGUCGUCGUCGUCAUCAUCGUCAUCAUCAUCAGCAGGCCUUAUCGUCCCUUCAUCUUUCCCAAAGUUAUAAAACCUUUUUCAGCAUGACUGCAAUCAUCAUGCAAUUUUCCUGGGUACAAAUACAAUUGCUCUCAGUUUUGCGGAGAGGUGUCAACAUUUUCGGUACAGAGUCAGGAUAAUUGUAAAUUGACAUUCUCGUUCAAGUUCAACCUGCCCAACCUGAUAAUACAGUAAAUACACCUUUUACAUUUGACGAACGGAAACCAGGCCGAACCUGUAACAGAUUCAUGUAGCCUAGUCAGCCAAUGUUGUAGAGCUGACUACAUUACAACAUGGAUAACUAUUAACAACUGUAUGACUAAUAAGGGAAUAAAUCCUUAAUCAUUUUUAUUACCGUGACACAGGAAAGCGGUGCGACCGCAUUCACCCACCGCCUUGAACGAUGCAUAAAUGAUGAGAGCCAUUUUAUUAGUGCUGUUGGGGAGUUUGUUUGACAAGCUGCUCAGGCUCGCGGGUUCGAGGGCGGCGGCUCGUCUCGUCUACACGGUCGUCAGCAAGUCAGAGUCUGGCCCACGGGAUAUGAAAGGAUACAUUGACGGUGUGAAAGACUGCAAGCUGCUCUCUUACAAACUCACCAACAUGGAUCUGCCUGCUUCAGCUGGAGUGGAGAGGAAUCAAACAUGCACGCACGCACACCGCACCACACACACACACACACACACACACACCACGCGCACACCACACACACCGCACCACACACACACCACACCACACACACACACACACACACACACACACACACACACACACACACACACACCACAUACACACACACACACACACACACCACACCACACACCACAUACACACACCACAUACACACCACACACACACACACCACACACACACACACACACACACAUACGCACACACACUCUGAGGCACAUGAACAGACAGAAGCACACUCACACAGAAACAAGCAAGCAUUGAUGCACAUUCAAAGACACACACACACACACACAUAUACACACUGUUGUGAGGUGGCACAAACACACAGUACAUGGGACAAUAAAGACAGCAUUGAUUUGAUGGUCUCACAGCUCUCUCACAGCUCUCUCACAGCUCUCUCACAUCUCUCUCACAGCUCUCUCACAGCUCUCUCACAGCUCUCUCACAUCUCUCUCACAGCUCCCUCACAGCUCUCCCACAGCUCUCUCACAGCUCUCUCUUACAGUUCUCUCACAGCUCUCUCACAGCUCUCUCACAUGGCCAAGCAUGUGGACCAACUCAAAUCAGUGCCAUCCAUGGGAAUGUAUCUGCCCUCAAGUCAUUCAAUGAAGUAUUCAGUGAAAGACUGAAAGAGGAAUAAAUUAACAAAACAUGAAUAGCCGAUGAAAUCUACGUCUCUCAUUCUCAGAACUCCAGAAUGACUCAUAGUCCUGUAGGGUUAUUGCUGCCUAGUAACAACCAAAGCAGCAAACAAACAAACGGUAGACAACCCAAUGACAGCGGAUGUGUCGAGGUGAAUGUGGGCCAUGAACGGCUGUAUGCUUUAUGAAUAAGCAUCCGGCUCUUUAAAAGGAAACAUCUGUCUCUAGAUUCUAGAACAUUCAACAGGAAGAGGAACUGAAGCAUCUAUCUACCCUGUCACGUGACCUGGGUCUAUUUCCCCAGUGACCCAGAUAUAAUUGACUGUGGUGGUGGUGUGGGUUAACUGUUGUGGGUUAACCCUAAACCUAACCUCCAGACCACUCCAAACCAAACGGUAAACCCCAACCCCCUUGGAGCGCAGAAACCAAGAUAACACAUUCCAAUCCAGUCAGUGUCAGCCGGGGUUAAAUCAAUCUGAACUGGAGAUAAUUCACAGAUAGUGAUAAAAUACCUUCCUGUUAACCCUUUACAACUGUGACAGAUUAGAAGCCUGUGGAGGAGAUUUACCUGUUCCUAGCUUUCCUAGUCAUUAGAAUCAGAGGCUUAGUUCUACUAUAUGACUUCAUGAUAUGACUACAGAGAUGACACUGGAUAAAAGAGAUGACACUGGAUAAAAGAGGUGAAACUGGAUAAAAGUAUUUUUAACCACAGUCAACGGAGUUAGGUGAAAUUGUUGGUGUGCGUUCAGCUUCCCGCUGACGCAACGUUAUUUCCAGACAGUUGGCCAAUAUUUAAAGUGAGGCACAAGUGCCUGUGUUGGUAAUAAGAUAAUUUGACAGCCAUUUAGAGUCGAUUUGGAGUCGAAUGCAAAUUAGAUGUGUAGGAAAGGGUACCGGGGUGUUUUAUUUGCUUUGUUAGUGUCGGCGUUGCAGAGUUCUGACAGAAGUCAUGACAACGUUCUCUAAAUGGCGAUUUGAUGUAAAUGAAGAAGAAAAGUGCCAAGACACUGUGAUGGCGAUGGAAAGAAAAGUUUUUAAAACACGCGCACACACGCACACACGCACACACGCACACACACACACACACACACACACACACACACACACACACACACACACACACACACACACACACACACACACACACACACACACACACACACACACACACACACACACACACACACACACACACACACACACACACACACACACACACACAACAAGAGUGAAUCUAUGAGUCUUGCUGUUCUGGGUAUACACCCAGACCCCCCUCCACAUCCUCCUCACAGAGCAGUAAAAUUAUACACCCAGACCCCCUCCACAUCCUCCUCACAGAGCAGUAAAAUUACACACCCAGACCCCCUCCACAUCCUCCUCACAGAGCAGUAAAAUUAUACACCCAGACCCCCUCCACAUCCUCCUCACAGAGCAGUAAAAUUAUACACCCAGACCCCCUCCACAUCCUCCUCACAGAGCAGUAAAAUUACACACCCAGACCCCCUCCACAUCCUCCUCACAGAGCAGUAAAAUUACACACCCAGACCCCCUCCACAUCCUCCUCACAGAGCAGUAAAAUUACACACCCAGACCCCCUCCACAUCCUCCUCACAGAGCAGUAAAAUUACACACCCAGACUCCCUCCACAUCCUCCUCACAGAGCAGUAAAAUUACACACCCAGACCCCCUCCACAUCCUCCUCACAGAGCAGUAAAAUUAUACACCCAGACCCCCUCCACAUCCUCCUCACAGAGCAGUAAAAUUACACACCCAGACUCCCUCCACAUCCUCCUCACAGAGCAGUAAAAUUACACAUCCAGACCCCCUCCACAUCCUCCUCACAGAGCAGUAAAAUUAUACACCCAGACCCCCUCCACAUCCUCCUCACAGAGCAGUAAAAUUACACACCCAGACCCCCUCCACAUCCUCCUCACAGAGCAGUAAAAUUACACACCCAGACCCCCUCCACAUCCUCCUCACAGAGCAGUAAAAUUAUACACCCAGACCCCCUCCACAUCCUCCUCACAGAGCAGUAAAAUUAUACACCCAGACCCCCUCCACAUCCUCCUCACAGAGCAGUAAAAUUACACACCCAGACCCCCUCCACAUCCUCCUCACAGAGCAGUAAAAUUACACACCCAGACCCCCUCCACAUCCUCCUCACAGAGCAGUAAAAUUACACACCCAGACCCCCUCCACAUCCUCCUCACAGAGCAGUAAAAUUACACACCCAGACCCCCUCCACAUCCUCCUCACAGAGCAGUAAAAUUACACACCCAGACCCCCUCCACAUCCUCCUCACAGAGCAGUAAAAUUAUACACCCAGACCCCCUCCACAUCCUCCUCACAGAGCAGUAAAAUUAUACACCCAGACCCCCUCCACAUCCUCCUCACAGAGCAGUAAAAUUACACACCCAGACCCCCUCCACAUCCUCCUCACAGAGCAGUAAAAUUACACACCCAGACCCCCUCCACAUCCUCCUCACAGAGCAGUAAAAUUACACACCCAGACCCCCUCCACAUCCUCCUCACAGAGCAGUAAAAUUACACACCCAGACUCCCUCCACAUCCUCCUCACAGAGCAGUAAAAAUCGCCACCCAAUUUCCGUGAUGCUUUUUUUUCUCUCGUUAUAAAAGCAAUUCAUGGGUAAAAACAACAACAACAACAUAUUUUUUUCUGUUCCGUUUUUUGCCCCCAUGCCCACACAGCAACCUGAAAACCUCCAUAUAAAACGAGCGUCUCUGUAUGCUGUGAGUGCAUGUUGGUGAGCUCCUGCGGCUCUAAGAUCUUUAUUUACAGUAGACACCUUCCCAGGUGGCACGCCAUUUUUGUUACACGCCUGAAACAUGGCAGAGGCGUCGUGUGUAAUGUGUUGUGUAUACGCUCGGAUUUUUUUCCCUCCGUUGACGUGACGUGGUGCAUCUAGAGAAUGAGACAAACACCAGGCUCUUAGAUUGCCAGGGAACGUUUUCACCGACAAUUGAUUUGUAUGUCCUCCAUGCAUGAGCGUACCCAUUCGCUUCUGACGUUCAUAUAGAUUAGCUUAUUUCACGGUCUGAUGGGGCCGACAAAAGCCUUUUAAAUAGCCAAGAAUUGUCAUUUAUGUACAAUUUCAGCCUGUUUCCGAAUAAAUUAAUUGGAGUGAUAAUUCCCCGUUCUCUUGGAUGUUGGUUGUGUUCCGUCGGAGGCCGCGGGGCCCACAAAAGCAACACCGGAGGACCGUGCUCUGUGACAUCGUUCGUGGCCCAUUGUGACAUCGUUCGUGUCCCAUUGUGACAUCAUUUCCAGGACAGCCAGCUCAGGUUAAAAUGUCAACGGGAAGUUUGUGUUCUGUGCUCCUUAGAGGCAGAAAAACAGAGCCGCACUAGGGGCCUCAGUUUCUCAUAAAAUAGAGAUGUUUAAUGCAACUGCAGUGACGAUGCAGGCUAUAUCGAGGCAAAAAAAAAAAAAACGAUUUUAUUAAAUCCUCUUUUCCUGUACUGAUCUUGUUAUUACAUGUUACAUUACUGUGCAGGAAAGCUCAAUUCACAAUGGAGUUCCAUUCAGACACAAAGCCCUCCUCUGUAAUGAGAAGCAGAAGCUCAUACAGUAGCUACAUUGAUAAAGAGAUAAUUCACCAUUUCACCGAAACCCUGAAGCUUUUAAAUGAAUGCACAGAUAUUUAGGUAGCUAUGGUAAUGCGACUCAAACGCAACAGGAACUCUCCAUACAAUGCCAAUUGUUUGGAUUUCAUAGAAAAGACUGAUGCAUCAGUAGGCAUUCGGCCUUCUCUGAAUAGCUCUCUCCAGACCUAAAUCGGUGCAUAAUUGUGACGACUACUGAGGAUACGAAGAGGCAGGAUGCAGACGCAGGAAUCAACAAUGUAAAGGUUUACUUAACACUGAGCAAGAGAACAACAAAGAGCGAGUACACGACAAGACACUAAAACUUGAUGGUGGGGUUGUGUGGUCUGAGCCAGGGCAAUCCCAAGACGAUCCGGUGAAGGGGUGACGUGACGAUGUGGAAUGACAGCUCCUCGUGGUGCUCCGGUAGUGUGGGAAUGGUGAUGGUGAUGGGGAGAGUGACGUGCGUAAUGGGGCCUGAUCCAAGUGGUUUAUUGACCAGCGAGGUGACGUGUAGCGGAGAAGGCAGUGGCACGAUGGGCAACCCCCAUUCAGAGAACAGCUCCCUAUGGUGACAGGUGAUGACGGAACACUCACGGAGCGGCGACGGGAGUCAUAUCGCCUAGAUAGGGAGCCGCAAGGAGAUCUGUGGUCCGUGGUGGUGUAGGGGGUGCUGCCCACCUCCAUGGGUGAGGACCCGGAGGCAGGGCGGCUUCCAUAGCUCAGAUGGGGUGAGCAUCGAGGCUCCGGGAGGUGUUGGGAACGCCGUCGGCCUCUCAACAUGUCGUCAAGACGGAUGGACGUGGCAAUGAGGGUAUCAAGGUCCAUCUCGUCGUCCCGACAUGCGAGUUCCGUCGUGAUGUCCUCCCGUAAGCCUCUCCUGAAGGCCGUGCGCAGAGCACGCUCAUUCCAGCCGGAAAGACGCCGCCACCGUGCGAAAGCUCAGGGUGUACUCGAAGGCGGCCCCCUCUCCCUGUUGUAGCCGGAGGAGACGCUCACCCCCCGUCCUUUCCCACCCGUGGGAUGAUCGAACACCGCCCUGAACCGAGCGAGGAAGGUGGAGUAGAAAACCUCCUUCCCAGACUGAUGUGGCCCACUCCAGCGCCUUUCCCUUCAGUAGCGACAUCACCAGCGCUAUCCUGGCUUGGUCCGAUGGAGAUGCCCCACGCUGACGCGCCAGAUACAGUGAAACCUGUAGCAGGAAGCCUCUACAAUUCGUAGUUUUCCCGUCGUAGCGCUCUGGCGGGGCGAGGGGUCCUUCAGACGUUGGUGGACUGGGUGCACUCGCCGCUCCCUGAGGUGGAACCCGGAGCGAUGGUCAGUUCAUGCAGCGUUUGGAGCACUUCCUGCAUGGCGGCGUUCAGCUGGGCAAUCUGCUGCUGGUGCUGGUCCAGGCACUGGGAAACUCCAGGAGGAUUACCUGCUGCAUCCAUCUUCGUGAUUGGUGUGUGAUUCUGUGACGAGUACUGAGGAAUACGAAGAGGCAGGACGCAGAUGCAGGUUGUGGGCUCAGACCGGUGGCUCAGUAGACCGGCGAAUCAGAACGCCGGAGGGGAGCAACGGGAGGAGACGUGACAGCCUGUGGCCGUGUCCCUUGGAAGGACGUUUAACAUACCUCACCCAAAAGGGUUGUCGGCCUAAAAAAUUAUUGUAAAAAAUAUGCUAAUCUUUUUUCUCCUAGCACUUUUAUGCAAAGAACGUCCUAGAGCAAUAACAGUGGAGCUCUAGCAUGGAGUCACUGAAAUACAUCCACGAUCAAGCGAGUAUUGUACAUUUUGUCCAAACCCAGGACAUGUUGUGUUGCAGUGUACCAGCUGGUCUCUGAUUAAACAUGGGGACUACAUGGGAUCUGUAGGAACCUUUGUUUCACUGCAUCGAUAGCCAGCAUCAAUUUAUCACAUGAUGCAGGCCUAUAGGAUUUAGUGUGCAAAUAAACAUUAUGGUAUAGUACGUUUGACUGAAAUAGUUGAAAUAUCUCUCUGAAAUCUAUAUUUCUCUCUCUCUCUCUCUCUCUCUCUCUCUCUCUCUCUCUCUCUCUCUCUCUCUCUCUCUCUCUCUCUCUCUCUCUCUCUCUCUCUCUCUCUCUUUCUCUCUCUCUCUCAUAUCACAGGAUCACUGCUUCUACCACGGGCAUGUAAGAGGCCACAUCGACUCCUGGGUAGCCCUUAGCACAUGUUCAGGAGUGAGGUAUGUAAAAGCCCAUUAUCAUUUAUAACUUUUCUUGGAUUUUCAGUCCCUUGUUAGACAUUUCCCUUAGGCACUGAUCAAGAAUCAACUUGCCCUUUACAAAUCCUAACCUUAAUCAUUAGUUGGAAGAAAUGCAAAACUGACCUUAGAGCAAUGUCUAGAGGCAACUUCAGCUGGAGUAAAUUCUGUCAUCUUUCUCCAAAUGAACCAUAGAGUGGGAUAACAAUGGGAGUCAAGUUCUACCUCAAACACCCAGAAUUCAGUCAGAUAUUUAUUGUAUUUUACAUAACUGUGUUGCUGGAUGUAAAAUCCCCCAGGCAAGUAGUGUGAGUUCUCAUGAAACUCCCUGGCUAAUUCAAUUCCUCAAAUCUUAUUUUGGGAUACAGACGGCAGUUUAAAAGUCUUAAAAUUUUCCCUGCCUCAGAACAGAAUUUUAAUACGAAGCUUCUUGCAUAUCAAAUGCUUUGAAAUUGGAGCUCUCCUGUGGCAAAGGAUGCCCCCGUCGCCACCCGUACACCCUGAAAAAUAUAUUCAUAUGAAUUUCAUCGAGCCGAAGACCUCAAGUUUCUAGCUCGCUCGCUCUUUAUUAGAAAUUAAUUCCAGAAGCCAGCUCAGCAGAUCCUUGACUGAUAAGAGUGUUUCAGACAAGUUUUUGUCACGAUCGUCGGAUAUAGAGGACCAAGGUGCAGCGUGGAAGGUGAACAUACUUAUUUAUUAAAUGAUACACGAACAAAACAACAAAUCGAUACGUGACGUCCACAGGUGCAAAACACAAACCAACACGGAACAAGAUCCCACAAACACUGUGGGAAAACCACCUGACUAAAUAUGGUUCCCAAUCAGAGACAACCAGCAACAGCUGAUACUCGUUGCCUCUGAUUGAGAACCACUCAGGCCAACAUAGAUAUACCAAAACUAGACUAGAUACAACGAGCACAAAACAUAAACUCUACACACCCUGGCUCAACUUAAAAGAGUCCCUAGAGCCAGGGCGUGACAGUUUUUCUUCAAUAACAAUUGUUUUAUCUUUAGGAUUUUUUCCUCUGUGAUACUCUUUAUGUCUCUCAGACAGCAAGAGGAGCUAAUUUGUAGUGCCUGUUUGUCCUUAUCCUGGCUGAGGAUGUAGUGAGACGGUAUCAGUCACAGGUUAGGAUGAAACCGAAGAGACAAACCGAGGACCUCAACUCAACAGAAUGAAAAUGUCUAACCUACACAGAGAUAGUGGGAAAAAACUCAGUUAAUCAAAUAACAACUUUCAACAAAGGCAAGAGAUAAACUAAAGGGUCAAAGUUCAAACAAGAUACAACUCUGAAGGUGCAGUGUAUAAUUACAUUUUAAGGCCUACCAAAGACACUUCAUAGAACAGUCAUAAGCAAAUGGCGUGCUAGAGAAAGGUUGGCAAACGGUUAACCUCUAUUACGUAAUCAUACUCUUUUAUUACACUGGCUUGUUUUCCUUGGACACGUAACGUCAUGAGGGCGUAGUUUAAAGGGCACCUGGUAAUGCUGAUAAGCCAGGUCAUACCCCCUGCUUUAGCGAGGUCAUACCCCCUGCUUUAGCGAGGUCAUACCCCCUGCUUUAGCGAGGUCAUACCCCCUGCUUUAGUCAUAUUAGUUAGUGAGACUCAUCAUCAACAACAAAGGUUCCACUCACGGAACACCCAAAAGUUCCAGAAUCACGUCUGCCAUUCCAUUCUAUUGUCUGUGUUCCAUCCCUGCCCUUUUCCCCUUUUAGCAGCAGUUGAAUAUUUUCUAUUCCCUUCCAAUGCCACCUCCCAGCUCAUAUUCUCGGCUGGCCGCCGUCACGCUACAAAGAGAGGUGUUUCUGUAUUGACUCAAUAUUGAAUUAGGUGGUAACGGGAGGGUGAGUUGGACUCACCCCAAACCCUGAACUUAAUAAUAAUAAUAACAAUAAUAUGCCAUUUAGCAGACGCUUUUAUCCAGUCAUGUGUGCAUACAUUUUUACGUAACUUCAACGAAUCUGACUUGUGUUUAAAGUCACGGUUCCAAAGUAAGCCAGGGAAUGUUGUGUUCAGUUCGACGUGCCAUGACUGAAAGGGCCUGCUGUGUGUGUGCAUGUGUGUGCAUGCUUCACAUGCGUGUGCAGCACAUGCAUACAUUUUCCUGAGAGCCAUUUGAUUCCCAUUUGAUUCCCAUUUGAUUCCCAUUUGAUUCCCAUUUGAUUCCCAUGCAUUGUGCUUCUUUGCUGUGCUGAUAUCAACUGGGACAAAGAUCUCCAUAGCCGAGGUGCAUUACACAAUCUGGAUCACAGUACCUUCUCCAGCCACAGCACUCCUUUGUUCAACACACAGGAAGCAUGACUUCUCUCUGAGGUGCAAAGCAUAACGGAUGUUCAUUGGAUGUUCAUUUUCGCCCAUUGAGGUUCGCCCGCCGCCGCAGUCGUUUUGGUUCUGACCCUCUUUAGCUUCCAGAUUAUUUUCAAUAAAUGUAGAAUUUUUCCUAACGAAUGCCUUGCAACCUCGUCAGUAUCAGAUAGUGGAAAUUUUUUGCAUCAUGAACUCAAGUGAUGUUGGUGACGUUGAUUGUAAAAGAUGUACUUACGACCAGAUAAUAAUAUGCCAUUUAGCAGACGCUUUUAUCCAAAGCGACUUACAGUCAUGCGUGCAUACAUUUUUGUGUAUGGGUGGUCCCGGGGAUUGAACCCACUACCUUAGCGUUACAAGCGCCGUGCUCUACCAGCUGAGCUACAGAGGACCACAGAUGUCUUAACUUGUCUCCAAACAAAGGUGCUCAACUCAAUACAGCUGUCACGCUCUGGCUCCGGGACUCUGUAUAUUGAGCCAGGGUGUGUUCAUUAUUUGGGUGUAUUUCUAUGUUUGUAUUUCUGUUGGGUUCAUUUCUAUGUUUGGUCAAUGACUCCCAAUCGGAGGUAACGAGUGUCAGCUGUCGGCUCGUUAUCUCUGAUUGGGAGCCAUAUUUAAUCUGUAUGUUUUCCUGUGGGUGUUGUGGGUUUUUGUUCGUGUUUGGUUGUGUAUUGACCAUCGACUGUCACGUCGUUGUUUUGUUGUAAAGAUCGGGUGAUCAUUCAAAUAAAUAUUAUGUUCACAUUCAACGCUGCGCCUUGGUCCUCCUCCUCUAUGUAUGACGAGCGUGACAACAGCCCUUUGUUUCAUGCUUUCAUGCUCUGUUGAUAACAUGGAUUUUACAGGGAAGCAAUUUUUCACCUUACACUCUUAGAAAAAAAGGUGCUAUCUAGAACAGGGGGGGCAAAGUACUGCCCGCGGGCAUUUCAAUCCGGCCCUCGAGACAUUUUUUAGAUGUAUUAAAUAUUAUUAUAUUUGAGUUAAGAUUUUUUGCCUAAAAUUACACAUUCCAUGAUAUACAAACAACCUGGCAGCGCGCUCUGUAUUUGGGCCUACAGUCAGAUUCAGAAUGCACUCAGUCAUCAUAGCCACUUCAUUGCUUAACGACUGCGGAAAAAGUGGUGGCUUCGAUCACCGCUGUUCGUUUACUAUUCUUGUGGGGACUUCUGGUCCCCACAAUAAUAGUUAAACACGUCCACACACACACACACACACACACACACAUGGCCUCUUGUCAGAUCAAAUCAAAUCAAAUGUUAUUUGCCACAUGCGCUGAAUACAACAGGUGUAGACAUUACUGUGAAAGGCUUACUUACAACCCUUAACCAACAAUGCAUUUAUUGUUUAAUAAAAAAGUAGGGAGGCUAUAUACAGUGGGGUACCGGUACAGAGUCAAUGUGCGGGGGCACUGGCUAGUUGAGGUAGUUGAAGUAAUAUGUACACGUGGGUAGAGUUAAAGUGACUAUGCAUAAAUAAUUAACAGAGUAGCAGCAGCGUAAAAAGAGGGGGUGGGGGUGGGGGGGCAGUGCAAAUAGUCUGGGUAGCCAUGAUUAGUUGUCCAGGAGUCUUAUGGCUUGGGGGUAUAAGCUGUUGAGAAGGCUUUUGGACCUAGACUUGGCGCUCUGGUACCGCUUGCCGUGCGGUAGCAGAGAGAACAGUCUAUGACUAGGGUGGCUGGAGUCUUUGACAAUUUUUAGGGCCUUCCUCUGACACCGCCUGGAAUAGAGGUCCUGGAUGGCAGGAAGCUUGGCCCCAGUGAUGUACUGGGCCGUGCGCACUACCCUCUGUAGUGCCUUGCGGUCGGAGGCCGAGCAGUUGCCAUACCAGGCGGUGAUGCAACCAGUCAGGAUGCUCUCGAUGGUGCAGCUGUAUAACUUUUUGAGGAUCUGAGGACCCAUGCCAAAUCUUUUCAGUCUCCUGAGGGGGAAUAGGCUUUGUCGUGCCCUCUUCACAACUGUCUUGGUGUGUUUAGACCAUGAUAGUUUGUUGAUGAUGUGGACACCAAGGAACUUGAAGCUCUCAACCUGUUCCACUGCAGCCCCGUCGAUGAGAAUGGGGGCGUGCUCAGUCCUCUUAUUUUUUUCCUGUAGUCCACAAUCAUCUCCUUUGUCUUUGAAGGAGAGUGACUCUCUUUGCCUCUAAAUGGCAUUUUACAGUCCUCUAUCCUCUUGGACAAGUUCCCUCCAGGCUCCCCUGUAUGAGACCACAGGCUAAAACAUCCAUAUAUUACCACUCUGUUGUUUAUAGCUCAAAGACCACUGCCCUUAGGGCCUCAGGGUCCUUUAUCACCCCCUGCUGGUCAAAACUGGAACUACCCCAGGGCAGUUGUACUGUGACAUUAGCAGCAUGAAUGAUGACAUUUCACAUGCAGACAUGUCAUGUAAUAUUAUCAUAUGUAUUAUCUUAUGUACAAAUAAUUGUUGCUUAACUGCAUAACAUCUUUGUUGCUGUUUUAGUUCUUUAAAUUCUGUAAUUUCUAGUGUUCGUCCAAUCAUGCCUCUUUAUUCCCUCCUUGCUGAAACAGGGGCCUGAUUGCCUUGAACUCAAAUGACACCUACUACCUUGAGCCAAUCAGAGGGCUGGACUUUCUCCAUCACUCACUGGUCAACGCAGAGGAUCUGCCAAUCAGAGGCGGGACCUGCGGCCACGGGCAUCAGACUGGACACCCCAACCUCCUCUCCGGUCUGCUUAAACCUUUGCAUCAAAGGGUGAGGGGGCUAAGACACAACAACACACUAACAGACACACACACUAACAGACACAUCAACACACUAACAGACACAUCAACACACUAACAGACACAUCAACACACUAACAGAAACAUCAACACACUAACAGACACACACACUAACAGACACAUCAACACACUAACAGACACAACAACACACUAACAGACACAACAACACACUAACAGACACAUCAACACACUAACAGACACAUCAACACACUAACAGACACACACACUAACAGACACAUCAACACACUAACAGACACACACACUAACAGACACAUCAACACACUACAAGACACAUCAACACACUAACAGACACACACACUAACAGACACAUCAACACACUAACAGACACAUCAACACACUAACAGACACACACACUAACAGACACAUCAACACAUCAACACACUAACAGACACAUCAACACACUAACAGACACAUCAACACACCAACAGACACAUCAACACACUAACAGACACAUCAACACACUAACAGACACAUCAACACACUAACAGACACAACAAGCCCACCAAAGUAUAUUCAUUUGUAUAGACUGGGUGAUAUGUUCUCUAUCAACAGACCAAACAAGAGUGACAAGUUUUUACAGAUGUACCAGACGAAACAAAAGUUACAAAUGUUUAUGUUUGCAUGGCAGAUGUCAGACUACACCACGGUGUACAGCCCAAACACAGACUUCUGCUCACAAAUCAAACAUACAGUAGAAUCAAAUAACAUCACCCAGGUUCUAUUCCAACAAACCAAACAUACAGUAGAAUCAAAUAACAUCACCCGGUUUCUAUUCCAACAAACCAAACAUACAGUAGAAUCAAAUAGCAUCACCCAGGUUCUAUUCCAACAAACCAAACAUACAGUAGAAUCAAAUAACAUCACCCAGUUUCUAUUCCAACAAACCAAACAUACAGUAGAAUCAAAUGACAUCACCCAGGUUCUAUUCCAACAAACCAAACAUACAGUAGAUUCAAAUAACAUCACCCAGGUUCUAUUCCAACAAACCAAACAUACAGUAGAAUCAAAUAACAUCACCCAGUUUCUAUUCCGACAAACCAAACAUACAGUAGAUUCAAAUAACAUCACCCAGGUUCUAUUCAGACAAACCAAACAUACAGUAGAAUCAAAUAACAUCACCCGGUUUCUAUUCCAACAAACCAAACAUACAGUAGAUUCAAAUAACAUCACCCAGGUUCUAUUCCGACAAACCAAACAUACAGUAGAAUCAAAUAACAUCACCCGGUUUCUAUUCCAACAAACCAAACAUACAGUAGAAUCAAAUAACAUCACCCAGGUUCUAUUCCAACAAACCAAACAUACAGUAGAAUCAAAUGACAUCACCCAGGUUCUAUUCCAACAAACCAAACAUACAGUAGAAUCAAAUGACAUCACCCAGGUUCUAUUCCAACAAACCAAACAUACAGUAGAAUCAAAUAACAUCACCCGGUUUCUAUUCCAACAAACCAAACAUACAGUAGAAUCAAAUAACAUCACCCAGGUUCUAUUCCGACAGGAGGAGACGUCUCUGCUGUUAAAUAGUCUUUUCUGUUAUUAUUCCUUGAGGAGAAAGCUUCUUCUUUGUGUGAUUAACAUUCUGAUGUAAUGGACAUAGUAAUCAUCAGUAUCUGUUGGCAGGGAUGAUUACAUGGCAAUUGACUACACACACACAUGUACAAACACACACACACACACACACACACACACACACACACACACACACACACACACACACACACACACACACACACACACACACACAAAGUAAAGUUUGUCCUGCAGAGGAAAUGAACAUCUCUCUUGUCAUACAAGCACAAACACAUUAUUGGAUUUCUCUCAGAGACGUUUUAGAGGCACACAUACAAUCACUCCGAGGCCAGCUGAAAGCCAGAGGGAAUUAUGGGGUUGGUGGUUUGGGUCUGUUGCCAUUGCGUUUUUUUUCCCCCCAGUGUGGGUCUGUCUUACUGUAGUGUCCUUCCAUGGAGGAAGGAGAAUGGCUAAACACAGGGUCUAAUUUGCUCCAGCGCAGCCGUGAAUGCUGAUAACGUCCCUGUGGUGGGAAGUCAUUCUGGCCUCCUCUGUCUAGAAGUGGACCUCAUGCUCUUUUCUCUCUCUCAAUUCAAUUUCAAUUUAAGGGCUUUAUUGGCAUGGGAAACGUGUGUUAACAUUGCCAAAGCAAGUGAAGUAGAUAGUAAACAAAAGUGAAAUAAACAAUACAAAUUAACAGUAAACAUUACACUCAGAAGUUCCAAAAGAAUAAAGACAUUUCAAAUGUCAUAUUAUGUCUAUAUACAGUGUUGUAACAAUGUGCAAAUAGUUAAAGUACAAAUGGGAAAAUAAAUAAACAUAAAUAUAUUUACAGUGGUGUUUGUUCUUCACUGGUUGCCCUUUUCUUGUGGCAACAGGUCACAAAUCUUGCAGCUGUGAUGGCACACUGUGGUUUUUCACCCAGUAGAUAAGGGAGUUUAUCAAAAUUGGGUUUGUUUUCGAAUUCUUUGUGGAUCGCUGUAAUCUGAGGGAAAUAUGUGUCUCUAAUAUGGUCAUACAUUUGGCAGGAGGUUAGGAAGUGCAGCUCAGUUUCCACCUCAUUUUGUGGGCAGUGUGCACAUAGCCUGUCUUCUCUUGAGAGCCAGGUCUGCCUACGGCGGCCUUUCUCAAUAGCAAGGCUAUGCUCACUGAGUCUGUACAUAGUCAAAGCUUUCCUUAAGUUUGGGUCAGUCACAGUGGUCAGGUAUUCUGCCACUGUGUACUCUCUGUUUAGGGCCAAAUAGCAUUCUAGUUUGCUCAGUUUUUUUGUUUGUUCUUUCCAAUGUGUCAAGUAAUUCUCUUUUAGUUUUCUCAUGAUUUCGUUGGGUCUAAUUGUGUUGUGGUUGUUGUUGUUAUUGUUGUUGUCCUGGGGCUCUGUGGGGUCUGUUUGUGUUUGUGAACAGAGCCCCAGGACCAGCUUACUUAGGGAACUCUUCUCCAAGUUCAUCUCUCUGUAGAUGAUGGCUUUGUUAUGGAAGGUUUGGGAAUCGCUUCCUUUUAAGUGGUUAUAGAAUUUAACGGCUCUUUUCUGGAUUUUGAUAAUUAGCGGGUAUUGGCCUAAUUUUGCUCUGCAUGCAUUAUUUGGUGUUUUACGUUGUACACGGAGGAUGUUUUUGCAGAAUUCUGCAUGCAGAGUCUCAAUUUGGUGUUUGUUCCAUUUUGUGAAUUCUUGGUUGGUGAGCAGACCCCAGACCUCACAACCAUAAAGGGCAAUGGGUUCUAUAACUGAUUCAAGUAUUUUUAGCCAGAUCCUAAUUGGUAUGUCAAAUUUCAUGUUCCUUUUGAUGGCAUAGAAGGCCCUUCUUGCCUUGUCUCUCAGAUCGUUCACAGCUCUGUGGAAGUUACCUGUGGCACCCCAUCCUUUUACGCUGCUGCUACUCUGUUAAUUAUUUAUGCAUAGUCACUUUAACUCUACCCACAUGUACAUAUUACCUCAACUACCUCAACUAGCCGGUGCCCCCGCACAUUGACUCUGCACCGGUACCCCCCUGUAUAUAUAGCCUCCCUACUGUUAUUUUAUUUUACUUCUGCUCUUUUUUUUCUCAACACUUUUUUUGUUGUUGUUUUAUUUUUACUUUUUUUGUUAAAAAGAAAUGCACUGUUGGUUAAGGGCUGUAAGUAAGCAUUUCACUGUAAUGUCUGCACCUGUUGUAUUCGGCACAUGUGGCCAAUCAAAUUUGAUUUGAUUUGAUUUGAUGUAUAGGCAGAGGUAUGUAUAGUUUUUUGUGUGCUCUAGGGCAAAGGUGUCUAGAUGGAAUUUGUAUUUGUGGUCCUGGAAACUGGACCUUUUUUGGAACACCAUUAUUUUUGUCUUACUGAGAUAUACUGUCAGGGCCCAGGUCUGACAGAAUCUGUGCAGAAGAUCUAGGUGUUGCUGUAGGCCCUCCUUGGUUGGUGACAGAAGAACCAGAUCAUCAGCAAACAGUAGACAUUUGACUUCAGAUUCUAGUAGGGUGAGGCCGGGUGCUGCAGACUGUUCUAGUGCCCUCACCAAUUCGUUGAUAUAUAUGUUGAAGAGGGUGGGGCUUAAACUGCAUCCCUGUCUCAACCCACGGCCCUGAGGAAAGAAAUGUGUGUGUUUUAUGCCAAUUUUAACCGCACACUUGUUGUUUGUGUACAUGGCUUUUAUAAUGUCGUAUGUUUUUCCUCCAACCCCACUUUCCAUCAAUUUGUAUAGCAGACCCUCAUGCCAAAUUGAGUCAAAGGCUUUUUUGAAAUCAACAAAGCAUGAGAAGACUUUGCCUUUGUUUUGUUUUGUUUGUUUGUCAAUUAGGGUGUGCAGGGUGAAUACGUGGUCUGUCGUACGGUAAUUUGGUAAAAAGCCAAUUUGACAUUUGCUCAGUACAUUGUUUUCACUGAGGAAAUGAACUAGUCUGCUGUUAAUGAUAAUGCAGAGGAUUUUCCCAAGGUUGCUGUUGACGCAUAUCCCACGGUAGUUAUUGGGGUCAAAUUUGUCUCCACUUUUGUGGAUUGGGGUGAUCAGUCCUUGGUUCCAAAUAUUGGGGAAGAUGCCAGAGCUAAGGAUGAUGUUAAAGAGUUUAUGUAUAGCUAAUUGAAAUUUGUGGUCUGUAUAUUUUAUCAUUUCAUUGAGGGUUUGUAUUUUGUCCUGUAGUUCAUUCAAUGUAAUUGGAGAAUCCAGUGGGUUCUGGUAGUCUUUAAUAGUUGAUUCUAAGAUUUGCAUUUGAUCAUGUAUAUUUUUUGCUGUUUGUUCUCUGUUAUAGGGCCAAAAAGAUUGGAGGAGUGGUUUACCCAUACAUCUCAGUUUUGGAUAGAUAGCUCUUCGUGUUGUUGUUUGUUUAGUGUUUUCCAAUUUUUCCCAGAAGUGGUUAGAGUCUAUGGAUUCUUCAAUUACAUUGAGGAAGUAUGGUUCAGAGUCUGUGAGAAAGAAGAGCGAGAUAGAGAUGAAGGACUAGAGUAGUAGAGAGAAGAGAGAGAAUAUAGAUAGAGAGGCGAGAUAGAGAAUAGCUAGAUAGAGGACGUGAUAUAUCUCUCUCUAUUAGAGCGCUAUAGAGAUAUAGAUCUUAUCUAGCUAUAUGCUCUGCUCUAUCUCUACUCUCUCUCGCCUCUCUCUCUCUCUGUCAUCCUCUCUCUCUCUCUCUCUCUCUCUCUCUCACAUACCCACUCUAGCUGGGUGGGCUAAUUUCAGAUGGGCUGUGUACAGGUGCAGUGAUCGGUAAGGUGCUCUGACAACUGAUGUUAAAGUUAGUGAGGGAGAUAAGAGUCUCCAGCUUCAGAGAUUUUUGCAAUUCGUUCCAGUCAUUGGCAGCAGAGAACUGGAAGGAAUGGCGGCCAAAGGAGGUGUUGGCUUUGGGGAUGACCAGUGAGAUAUACCUGCUGGAGCGCAUACUACGGGUGGGUGUUGCUAUGGUGACCAAUGAGCUAAGAUAAGGCGGGGAUUUGCCUAGCAGUGAUUUAUAGAUGGCCUGGAGCCAGUGGGUUUGGCGACGAAUAUGUAGUGAGGACCAGCCAACAAGACUGUACAGGUCACAGUGGUGGGUAGUAUAUGGGGCUUUGGUGACAAAAAGGAUGGCACUGUGAUAGACUACAUCCAAUCUGCUGAGUAGAGUGUUGGAGGCUAUUUUGUAAAUGAUAUCGCCGAAGUCAAGGAUCGGUAGGAUAGUCAGUUUUAUGAGGGCAUGUUUGGCAGCAUGAGUGAAGGAGGCUUUGUUGCGAAAUAGGAAGCAGAGUCUAGAUUUAACUUUGGAUUGGAGAUUCUUAAUGUGAGUCUGGAAGGAGAGUUUACAGUCUAACCAGACACCUAGGUAUUUGUAGUUGUCCACAUACUCUAGGUCAGACCCGUCGAGAGUAGUGAUUCUAGUCGGGUGGGCGGGUGCCAGCAGAGUUCGAUUGAAGAGCAUGCAUUUAGUUUUACUAGUGUUUAAGAGCAGUUGGAGGCUACUGAAGGAGUGUUGUAUGGCAAUUAAGCUAGUUUGGAGGUUUGUUAUCACAGUGUCCAAUGAAGGGCCAGAUGUAUACAAAAUGGUGUCGUCUGCGUAGAGGUGGAUCUGAGAGUCACCAGCAGCAAGAGCGACAUCAUUGAUAUACACAGAGAAAAGAGUCGGCCCAAGAAUUGAACCCUGUGGCACCCCCAUAGAGACUGCCAUAGGUCCAGACAACAGGCCCUCCGAUUUGACACAUUGAACUCUAUCUGAGAAGUAGUUGGUGAACCAGGCGAGGCAGUCAUUUGAGAAACCAAGGCUAUUUAGUCUGCCAAUAAGAAUGCGGUGGUUGACAGAGUCGAAAGCCUUGGCCAGGUCGAUGAAGACGGCUGCACAGUACUGUCUAUUAUCGAUCGCGGUUAUAAUAUCGUUUAGGACCUUGAGCGUGACUGAGGUGCACCCAUGACCAGCACGGAAACCGGAUUGCAUAGCGGAGAAGGUACGGUGGGAUUCGAAAUGGUCGGUGAUCUGUUUGUUAACUUGGCUUUCAAAAACUUUCGAAAGGCAGGGCAGGAUGGAUAUAGGUCUGUAACUGUUUGGAUCUAGAGUGUCACCCCCUUUGAAGAGGGGGAUGACCACGGCAGCUUUCCAAUCUCUGGGGAUCUCAGACGAUACGAAAGAGAGGUUGAACAGGCUAGUAAUAGGGGUUGCGACAAUUUCGGCUGCUAGUUUUAGAAAGAAAGGGUCCAGAUUGUCUAGCCCAGAUGAUUUGUAGGGGUCCAGAUUUUGCAGCUCUUUCAGAACAUCAGCUGUCUGAAUUUGUGUGAAGGAGAAGCGGGGGGGGGGGGGGGGCAUGGGCAAGUUGCAGCGGAGUGUGCAGAGCUGGUGGCCGGGGUAGGGGUAGCCAGGUGGAAAGCAUGGCCAGCCAUAGCAAAAUGCUUGUUGAAAUUCUCGAUUAUUGUAGAUUUAUCGGUGGUGAUAGUGUUUCCUAGCCUCAGUGAAGUGGGUAGCUGGGAGGAAGUGCUCUUAUUCUCCAUGGACUUUACAGUCCCAAAACUUUUUGGAGUUAGUGCUACAGUCUCUCUCUCUCCCCCUCACCCCUUCUCUUUCUCUCUCCCCCUCACCCUUCUCUGUCUUUCACUCUCUCUCCUUCACCCCUCUCUCUCCAUCCCCCCAAGUCUGAAGCAGUCCGGGAAGGCCACAGCGCUAUACAUGCCACCUGCCCACUGCCCCGGAACCCUGCUGGGCCACAAUAUUGGCCUUCUGUCUGGCUCGGGCAACACAGCCAUGCCUGCGUGCAUAAAUCAAUGUAUUUUAAUUACCACAGAGCCUCUGCCUAAUAGCUGCAAUCAAGUAUUAGCAAAGCGGAAAAUUACUGAUAGAAAGAUACUGAGAUUGUGGUGUGUCUCAGACCUCAGCCACCGACAGGAAGCAUGUUUUUGUUCCUUUGUGUCAUUUCUUUUUUAUGACUGUGAAAAGCUGUCUGUUGCCAUGGUUAAAAACAAGCCCUUUUUUCGACAACGCUAGGAUGAGUGGUGGGUGAUCAUUGCAACAGGAGGGGACACGAUUCGGUCCUGAAUUGCUGUGACCAUCCAAUUGUGUGUGUCCAUUAUCCCAAAUGGACCAAACAACCCCUCACUGUAUCCCUCCUCCCUCCCUUCUCUCUCUAUCUGGAAACAGGUGAGACGAAAUGCCUGGGGUACCACCAAGUACAUGGAGCUGUACAUCGUGGCUGACAGCACACUGGUAAGCUAGCUAGCCAAUAACAAGUGAAGUUAAUCUUUAUUGUUCCUUUGAUCAGAGCAGGUCGAGUGUGUGUGUGUGUGUGUGUGUGUGUGUGUAUAUAUGUAUGUAUGGAUGAAUGUAUGUAUGUGCACAAGGUUCAGUGUGUGUCUGUGUGUGUCUGUAUAUGUAUGUAUGUAUGAAUGUAUGUGUGUCUGUGUGUGUCUGUGUGUGUGUGUACGAAGUCAAGUGUGUGUGUGUCACAUCUGUCCAGUGACGUCAACCAACCCAUUGAACCAUUGAGGUAUCAGAUGGACAUUGGGAACAUUGGGAACAAUAAUUAUCUCAUCUAACAUAAUGGACCUCACUCAUCCUCAACUCUAACAUAAUGGACCUCACUCAUCCUCAACUCUAACAUAAUGGACCUCACUCAUCCUCAACUCUAACAUAAUGGACCUCACUCAUCCUCAACUCUAACAUAAUGGUCUCACUCAUCCUCAACUCUAACAUAAUGGUCUCACUCAUCCUCAACUCUAACAUAAUGGACCUCACUCAUCCUCAACUCUAACAUAAUGGUCUCACUCAUCCUCAACUCUAACAUAAUGGACCUCACUCAUCCUCAACUCUAACAUAAUGGUCUCACUCAUCCUCAACUCUAACAUAAUGGACCUCACUCAUCCUCAACUCUAACAUAAUGGUCUCACUCAUCCUCAACUCUAACAUAAUGGACCUCACUCAUCCUCAACUCUAACAUAAUGGUCUCACUCAUCCUCAACUCUAACAUAAUGGACCUCACUCAUCCUCAACUCUAACAUAAUGGUCUCACUCAUCCUCAACUCUAACAUAAUGGUCUCACUCAUCCUCAACUCUAACAUAAUGGUCUCACUCAUCCUCAACUCUAACAUAAUGGACCUCACUCAUCCUCAACUCUAACAUAAUGGACCUCACUCAUCCUCAACUCUAACAUAAUGGACCUCACUCAUCCUCAACUCUAACAUAAUGGACCUCACUCAUCCUCAACUCUAACAUAAUGGUCUCACUCAUCCUCAACUCUAACAUAAUGGUCUCACUCAUCCUCAACUCUAACAUAAUGGACCUCACUCAUCCUCAACUCUAACAUAAUGGACCUCACUCAUCCUCAACUCUAACAUAAUGGACCUCACUCAUCCUCAACUCUAACAUAAUGGACCUCACUCAUCCUCAACUCUAACAUAAUGGACCUCACUCAUCCUCAACUCUAACAUAAUGGACCUCACUCAUCCUCAACUCUAACAUAAUGGACCUCACUCAUCCUCAACUCUAACAUAAUGGACCUCACUCAUCCUCAACUCUAACAUAAUGGUCUCACUUACCCCCAACUCUGCCUACUUUGUGUAAUAGUGUAUAAUUAUGGUGCUGGCGGAUGGGCUGAAGCACCUUUUCCUCACUGAUAAAGAGCAUCAUAGAAGGGACCAGAGGAAAGGAUUCGUCAUGUUAAUGAUGAAUGUUUUCUAGUUGGGUCUAAUGGUGGGAGACAGAGAACUCAUUACCAGUCCUAAAUAGACAAUGGGCUCCAGCCGGCCAGGAAUGAAAAGUUAUGUCUUUCAUAACGGUCUAUUCUACGUUCCAGUUGGCUACCCGUUAGGUGCAAUAUGACUAUGACGCCGUGGUAACAGUGCAUGGUGGUGACCAAUCAGAAUACAGUAUUUGGUCCACUCCCGUUCCUAAUUGGUACCUAUUAUGAUGAUGAAGUGGGGCAGAGAUGGUGAAGUGGGGCAGAGAUGGUGAAGUGGGGCAGAGAUGGUGAAGUGGGGCAGAGAUGGUGAAGUGGGGCAGAGAUGGUGAAGUGGGGCAGAGAUGGUGAAGUGGGGCAGAGAUGGUGAAGUGGGGCAGAGAUGAUGAAGUGGGGCAGAGAUGAUGAAGUGGGGCAGAGAUGGUGAAGUGGGGCAGAGAUGGUGAAGUGGGGCAGAGAUGGUGAAGUGGGGCAGAGAUGGUGAAGUGGGGCAGGUUGUUUUCUGGAUCUCUCUUGUUCUAUUGAGGACGGCCAUUAAAAAAAAAAAAAAGUAUUUUGUUUGGUUGAACAUUUGUCACUAUUGAUUUGAUAUCUGCCACUGAAUGCUAUUCCAUCUCCCUUGUAAUCCAGUAUAAACGACAAAAUAAGGACUACCAGAAAACCAAGCUGAGGAUAAUGGAGAUUGCCAAUUAUGUUGAUAAGGUAAGCCAGCGCGGGGAUGUGUGUGUCUUAGAUGCAAUCCUCAGGGGGAAUAAAGAGAGCUCAAUUUAAUUGUCAACAAAAUGGAGAGUGUGUCAGGGCCGGGAGAGUAUCUGGUUUUAUAAAUCACCUACUGACAUAUCAUUAACUUCUAGACAGUUUUCUGAUAUUCUAAGAUUAAUUUUCUUUCUAGUCCUUUAUAAUUCUGCCCUGGUUGUGUCAUCAGAAUGAUCAAAGUGAUUGAAAAUGACAGAUUUGAAUAAUGUGAACUUAUCUAUUCAUAAAUGCCUGGUCACAAUGAAAAACAAAAACAUAUGUCCCAACCCUCUGUGUGACCCCGUUGCCGUGAGUGUUGCCUGUUGCCGUGAGUGUUGCCUUGUUGCCGUGAGUGUUGCCUUGUUGCCAUGAGUGUUGCCUUGUUGCCGUGAGUGUUGCCUGUUGCUGUUAGUGAUGCCAGUUGCCAGGCGGUUGUGUUAUGUUGUGGUUCAGUUCUACAGAACUCUGAAUAUCCGGGUGCCUCUGAUUGGCCUGGAGAUAUGGAAGGAGAGAGACGAGUGCAUCAUUACAGAGGAGCCCAACACCACGCUCUGGUCCUUCCUACAGUGGAGACAGAAGCUCAAGUCUCGCAAGAAGCACGACAACGCACAGCUACUGACGUUAGUAAAGACCUACCUACCUACACACACACACACACACACACACACACACACACACAGCUCCGCUAUGCUCUUAACGCCACAGCAAUCCCUCCCCUUCCGUCGCCCCCCAAAACAGCCCCAAAAUAAUUCCAGCCUUCGUUAGUGGCUAGAUUGAUAAAUGAUUAGCUAAACAGCAGUUCUAUUAACUAAAAGAUUGGAACAUCACACCUCAGUGAGUCAGCAGCCACAACACAGCACAGCUUGACUGCCAAACACACAAACACAUGCACGCACACAGAAACACACUCACACACACACUCACACACUCUCUCACACACACACAACAUAGCACAGCUCGACUGCCAAACACACAGUCAUCCGUAAACAGUAAAUUGGAGGCCUCUUCACUGGAGGUAAUUAGUUUCCAGAUAGUACCUGGCUAGUGGUUCUGAUUUUUAGGAACAGCUUUUUGAUUUGUUUCGGGAAUCUUAAGUGACAACAAGCUCCGAGAGACGUCAUUGCAUAGCCCCCUGAGGCGCAUCUGAGAAAGGUCUCAGACAAGGCUUAUCAUACCUGCAGUACAACACUGUUCUCUAUCUGUAAUCAAUGUGCAUCCGUCCCAGAUCCCUCCCUGCCUGAGCACGUCCAUACUGGAGUGAAGAAAUGAAGGUUAAGUGAUUUUUUUUGUUUCCCCGCUGACAGGGGAGUGAUAUUUAAGGGGACCACCAUAGGGAUGGCCCCUUUGGAGGGGAUGUGUAGCCUGGAGAACUCUGGAGGCAUCAAUGUGGUAAGUGGGGUGGCAAGGGUGCAGCAGAAAUGUGUGUGUGUGUGUGUGUGUGUGUGUGUGUGUGUGUGUGUGUGUGUGUGUGUGUGUGUGUGUGUGUGUGUGUGCACGCGUGUGUGUGUGUGUGUGUGUGUGUGUGUGUGUGUGUGUGUGUGUGUGUGUGUGCACGCGCGUGUGUGUGUAUCUGUGUGACUCUUCACAUUAUAUAUAGUGUGUGUGUGUGUGUGUUUGUGUGUGUUUCCAUACGUGUGUUUCUGUGUGUUGAUGUGCACCAGAUGCGGUCAGUGGGCCAGAGAAAUCAAUAACUCUUCCACACUUGAUUAGGUUGUAAUAGGCUCUACUGGUUCAGUUCUCUGAGGUAAUGGAGGCUAGUGUAAUCCUAAUAUGCCAGCAGGUAUAUAUAUCCACUACACUACCCACCUUGGGGGGCUGGACACAACAGCACUGUCAAGAGAUCUAAAUCCUUGGGAUGUCCAACUCUGACGCCAUCCCAUUUAAGUUUACAUUUAAAACGGUUAAGGUAAGGGUUCAGGUUAGGGUUAUGGUUAAGGUUAGAGUAGGUGUUAAGGUUAGGUGAAGGGUUAUGGUUAAGGUUAGGGUAACGGUAGGGGUUAGGGUAAGGGUAGGGGUUAAGGAUUAGAGUUUAGGGAAGGGACGUCCCAAGGAUCCCGGAUAGCACUAACUGGAGAAACAGCACAGGAGAUGAGACAUCUUGGUUUGUUGGGGUGUUAGGAGCGGUAGCCCUUUGAUGUACGGAGUGACCUCAAUGGAUUAGAUCACCAUAGUUCUUUGACACAGACCAACCACUAAAUUAGCGAUUAGUAUUCUCUACCGUUCAGUUGGACUCUGAAUAGAUGUACGACAGUUUAUCACCAACCAAGUCACAUUAGACAGUAGACCAGGUAGAAUAGGUUGACUGUGUCGGCCGUUUCAGUGAAUUGAAGAUAGUCUGAACAGUGGAAGCUUUUAAAGAUGUUAAAUUGAGGGUGUUUGUGGUUAUGCUAAACCCAUACAAAUGAGUCCUUUUUGCUAUGUGGUCCCUCAGGACCAUUCGGAUUUACCCAUCGGAGCUGCCGCCACCAUGGCCCACGAGAUCGGACACAAUUUUGGGAUGAGCCACGACCAGGAGGGCUGCUGUGUGGAGGCGACUGCGGAGCAGGGGGGCUGCGUGAUGGCUGCUGCCACCGGGUAAGAAUUAGCGAGUUUUACUUCCAAUAUGGCUACCAGAGAUCCAAGAUGGCCGCCACUUUACAGAACUCUCUGAAACUGAACAUGAUGGUUAUUGUAACUGUUCACAAUGGUAUUCUGCAUUGUGGAUUUUUUUGUAAUGGUUACUUUCUUGCCCCCAAUAGGCAUCCAUUUCCCCGGGUGUUCAGCCGCUGCAGCAAGCGGGACCUGGACAACUACUUCCAGAAGGGAGGGGGGAUGUGCCUCUUCAACAUGCCCGACAUGAAGGACCUGGUCGGGGGCAAGAGGUGUGGCAACGGCUUUGUGGAGGACGGAGAAGAGUGCGACUGCGGAGAGCCAGAGGUGAGAAAAGCCUGGCGCUCUUAGUCGUUAGCAUCCGUCACCUCAGAUAAGCCUAGCACUUAGCAUAUCAUUGCUUAUGUUUGAUAUUCUAUUUGCCAAUCUUCCAAAAAAUGUUUAGAGGUGUUAAAAGUUUUCUGGGGACUUUGCUUUGGGAAUUGUUGUUUUUAGUUUUAUGGAAUUACAGUUAAGUAAAUCCUCUUUGGCUCAAUUUGUGAGGAAGCACAUAUUAAAAAACGGGGAGAAGCUAAUUGCUAGCUGACAGAAAUGCUGAUGAUGUGGAGGCUGUUUUGACUCCCUUUUCGAAGCACAACUGAUAGUUAGUCGGCAGCGGCGGCGGCAGAUACCACAGGCUUCUGGCAAGAAGUCACCAGUUUUGACACAGCAACAGAAUGCUCACUUCAUAGUGUCUUUUAGUAUCUUGUCGCUUAAGAAGAAUUGACAUUACCACACGUUACCACGCGUUACCACGCGUUACCACACGUUACCACACGUUACCGCACGUUACCACACGUUACCACACAUUACCACACGUUACCACACACACAGACAGACAUAUGCUUGGAAAAACACAGUUUUAUUUCCAGCCUUGUCAAUCAUGUCCCCAACUUCAUAUUUCUCAGCUCUUACAAGGAACUUUUUUAUUUUGCUAUGCAAAGUACGCUAUGAAAACUGUCUAGUACUGGAAGUCACCUAACCGUAUUAUAACGGAAACACACUUGAUUUACUCUAUACACCACAGGGGCCUGUCUGGGAGGUUGAUGUAGUGUUUCUUUUCCUCCGCGUAGUCUCUCUCUCCCUGAUCCAUUCUCUCCCUGCAGUAUAAUUGCCGUUUCUCAUCCUUCAACUCCCACGUCGAGUUUAGAAUAUCUGUGGCUCGACGGCGGCGAGAACGCCAUGGCAACGGGGAAGAGAUGUCAUUUUCACCUCUGUAUGACAGCGUUCUGUGCGGUGGGGUGUCUUUUUCCACCAUCUCAACACUUUGACAUGUCGAUCAGUGCUGUCACCACACACCACAACUGCUGUUGGAGAAGCGGAGACAGAGUCAAAGAGCAGAGGAGUUGGGAUGUGAGCCGAGUGCAUGUAUGUGUGUGUGGGCACAGGGUCGUGCCACAUUGAUUUGGCUAAACGUGGUAACUGUGUGUGUGUGUUUUCUCUACAGGAGUGCACUAAUGACUGCUGCAAUGCCAACAACUGCACCUUGAAGGAGGAGGCUCAGUGUGCCCACGGGGUCUGCUGCGAGGGCUGUAAGGUAUGACACACACACACACACUCUCACACACACACACACACACACACACUCUCACACACACACACACUCUCACACACACACACACAGAUGUGGCCGGAUGUCAUCUCACUUACAGCACUUAAAAUAGCCUCUACUUCUCCUCUCUGAUCAAAAAACUUUACUUCUGCUGUCGGAUCAAUAACCUCUACAUCUCCUGUCUGAUCAAUAACCUCUACUUCUCCUGUCUGAUCAAUAACCUCUACUUCUCCUGUCUGAUCAAUAACCUCUACUUCUCCUGUCUGAUCAAUAUCCUCUCUGAUCAAUAACCUCUACUUCUCCUGUCUGAUCAAUAUCCUCUCUGAUCAAUAACCUCUACUUCUCCUGUCUAAUCAAUAACCUCUACUUCUCCUGUCUGAUCAAUAACCUCUACUUCUCCUAUCUGAUCAAUAACCUCUACUUCUCCUCUCAGAUUAAUAAUUAUGUACCGUCUCACGUUUCAACUUUCCUGGUUUUGUUUCACGUAAAUGAGGAUAACAACUUCUUCUGUGAGUCUUUUAAAAGUAGAAAUAAGCUUCUUAUCUCCCCAGGAUGAUCAUAACCCAUCUCUCUAUUUAUUUGUGUGAUUGAAUUAUUUAUUUAACCAACCCCCUCUGUAGUUAAUCAUGUACUGAAUGGUCUUUAAAAACAAGUACAUCAUACUGAAUCCCCCCCCUCUUUCUCUCCUUGGUUUUGCCCUCCUGUCCCCCCCCCCCCCAGCUGAAGCAGGCAGGUACCAUGUGUCGUGGUCCUGCGGGGGCGUGCGACCUGCCUGAGUACUGCACUGGCGGCUCUCCCUACUGCCCGUCCAACGUUUACCUGCUGGAUGGUUCCUCCUGCCAGUACGGUCACGCCUACUGCUACAACGGCAUGUGCCUGACCCACGAACAACAGUGUCUGCAGCUGUGGGGCUACGGUAGGGAUGGACAUACUGGAUGGACAUACUGGAUGGACAUACUGGUGUAUUAAAAAUACCAGAAUACAGAAGGACCUCGUAUGCUGCACACACAGCAAAGCACUAAUAAUAAUAAUAUGUCAUUUAGCAGACGCCUUUCAUCCAAGGCGACUUACAGUCAUGCCUGAGUAUGUUUUCACUAAUAGGAGUUCCCGGGAAUCAAACCCACUAUCCUGGCGUUGCGAGCACCGUGCUCUGCCUUGCUGUACUAACUGAGCUACACGGGGGAGCUACGGAUGUCUCUGAACUUGGACAGUGGAAACAUCCAAUCAGAAACAUCAGUAUUAUCUCAUUAACACACACACACUGCAUUACCACGUGCACACACACACACACACACACACUGCAUUACCACGCGCACACACACACACUGCAUUACCACGCGCACACACACACACACACACACACACACACACACACACUGCAUUACCACGCGCACACGCGCACACACACACACACACACACACACACACACACACACACACACACUGCAUUACCACGCGCACACGCACACACACACACACACACACACACACACACACACACACACACACCGCAUUACCAUGCACACACACCCAUCCUCUGUUCCCGUACACACAGACCUAGAGAGUAUCUGGAGAGCUUUUGUCACGUACGAUAGUUACCUCACUAUCUCAGUAAGCCAGUCACAUCUCCACCGUCAAACCCGCUUCAGCAUUUAGAAACUCCAGCUAGUCAUUACAAUGGCCACCUUUAAACAGCAUUAGCAUAAUUGAUGAUAAGGAUGUCGACCUUUUCCCUCUCUCCAUCUGCAUGGGUAGUGAUGUAUCGCCUUUCCUGUUCACAUGCGGAACACAGAUCACCAUGACGAUCCACACCUUUAAACUGCAUUAGCAUACAAAGUUGGGUAACACUUAACAUGUAACACAGCGUUAGCCAGGCGUCGCAGUUCAAAGCUUUAUAAAAGGAUUAUUUACCUAAAACUGAUUUUAGUAUUUUAUUCGUUAAUUAGUCCAUUGUUAAUAGGAUCCCCAAAAAGUGUGCAUGUCAGCAGUAAAGUUUUUUUAAUAUAGAGCACUUUCAGUAAAAAUAUAAACAGUGUGAUGAUGCGUUUUUAAAAACGUUGUGUCUCUUCUUUCAGAAUGUUCUUUUGGCCGUAACAAAAUGAAAAUGUAUAUAUAUAUAUAUAUAUUUUUUUUAAUCCUAAUGUCUGUCUGUCAUUCUUAGAGGUGCAUUCAGUAGAAAUGUUUUUGUCUUUUGUGUAGGAAUAUACAUCAUGGUGAGUAGCUUAAACUGUUGCUCCUUGAAAGUGAAUGUAAGCAUCCCUGUAUGGGGGCAUAAUGGCUUUUCUCAUGAGUGAGUGGUUGCUAUAGUAACUAUUAUUUACAUUAUGGAUUUUUAUGUCUCAGGUGCCCGGCCAGCGCACAACGCCUGCUUUCAAGACGUCAACGCAGCAGGGAACGCGUUUGGAAACUGUGGGAAGGACAGACAGGGAAACUACAUGAAGUGCCAGAAAAGGUAAGUGGGAACAUGUUAUAAACCUUCAUAACGCGGCAUAGCAGUUCCAAUUCAACUACAAUCUAAUCUAACUAUCUAACUACAUUGCCUGUUCAUAGUUGUAAAGUGUUGAGACACUAUAGCAUGGACCAGGGGAGGCCAAACCAUAAUUCUGUGGGUCCUGGAGUGAAGUCAGUUCUGUUAGUGUUGGUCUGGAACAAAAGCCUGCACACACUUCAGCCAUCCAGGGCCAUCCAUGAUCUGCUAUAUAACUUAUAUAACUUAUGAACAACUCCUGUCCUUAACCAUAACACACUACUACACAGUCUGACAUGCAGUGGUUUUCCUAGCUGCCCACGAGUCCUUUAAAAAGGCGAGCACCGUCCUCGUCUUGAACUUGAUAGUUUAUCCAUGUACAGUAACUCACACAAGCCACGCCACGCCGCGCCGCGGCCCUCUGUGAACUGUAAAGUGCAGCAGCGUGUCUCAGAGACCGUUUUCAUGUCGCCGCGCCAGAGCUAAUUAAUGGAUCCAAAUUAGCAUUUUAGCUAUGCAAAUUAGGCCUCAGAUGAAGGCAUUCAAAGUCAGCCUUGUGUCCGCAUAAUACGCCACAGCCCAACUGAAUUAGAGAGAAUCCCAUAAGCGACAUGGAGACGUUACAAUGUUUGCUGGCCAGCCGUCAGUCAAGGAGAUCUUGGGGUACGCUAGGCCCUCUACCAAUUAGGACGUUUUAGAUAUAAGCUACGAGUCGUUUACUUUCACAAGCCGUUAAUCUUCUUCUUGUCUUUGUUUCCCCGUGGAUGCUUUGUUGUCUGUCUGUCUGUCUGUCCUUCCAUCCGCCGUCCAUCUGUCUGUCUCUCGUGUGUGUCCGUCAUUCAUUCAUGUGCACUGUGUGUCCGCCCCCCCAGCGAUGCCAAAUGUGGGAAGAUCCAGUGCCACAGCGCGGCCAAGAAGCCCAAGGGCACCAACGCAGUGUCCAUAGACACCACCAUCCGUACGGACGGCAUGGAGGUGAAGUGCAGGGGGACGUACGUCUACACCACCCAGGAUGGACAGGGGGACCUCCCGGACCCAGGUCUCGUCAUGACCGGAACCAAGUGUGGAGAGGGGAAGGCUAGUAGUGGUUGCAGUCUAAUACAAAUCUACUUUUAUCUGUACCAUAGACAGUACUGUAAAAUGUAUCAUAGACUGUACUGUAAAAUGUAUCAUAGACAGUACUGUAAAAUGUAUCAUAGACUGUACUGUAAUAUUUAUCAUAGACAGUACUGUAAAAUGUAUCAUAGACUGUACUGUAAAAUGUAUCAUAGACAGUACUGUAAAAUGUAUCAUAGACAGUACUGUAAAAUGUAUCAUAGACAGUACUGUAAACUUGUUCUAUGUUAUUAUUUCAGCUUGUAUUAUUAUGUUAGUAUUGAUUAUAUUAGUAUUAUUAUAUUUGUAUUGAUUGGGUGUCUACUAGUGAUGUAAUGAAUUUCUCUACCUCAUCCAAAACCUGUAAGCUUUACUCAAUUGUGAUUCAUACUAUAUACCGUAAUAAUCUUAAAUGUGUACAUACAUUACAUUUGUAGACAGGCAGGCACCCACUGAGUUACCACACCGAGCCAAAACACUGCGGCACGACCCUGCGCCCACACUGCCUCACACACCUUCUACAACAGUGUUCCUCAGUGUGUGUGUGAAAUCUAAACAUUGUUUGUGUUACUGCAGGUUUGCAGGGACCGCCGGUGCCAAAAUGCCUCCUUCACCGAGCUGGAGAGCUGCAUCACACGUUGCCAUGGCCAUGGGGUAAGCACUAGGCCACAGACACACAGACACACAGACACACAGACACACAGACACACAGACACACACACAGACAGACACACACAGACACACACAGACACACAGACACAGACACAGACACAGACAGACACACAGACAGACACACAGACACACAGACACACACAGACACACAGACACAUACACACAGACACAGACACAGACACACAGACACAGACACACAUACACACAUACACACUAACACACAGACACAGACACAGACACACAGACACAUACACAGACACACAGACACAGACACACAGACACAGACACACAGACACAGACACAGACACACACACACAGACACACAUACACAGACACACAGACACAGACGCAUACACAGACACACAUACACACAUACACACAUACACACAGACACAGACACACAGACACAUACACAGACACAGACACACAGACACAGACACACAGACACUUUUCCCCAUCCCUGUAAUCUUAUUGUUACACAUCGUCCUUGGGGCGAAGGCAGACGGCUGUCACUAUAGCUCUUGUAAAACAGGAGAAAUGGAUGGUAGCAACACAACACCUGAAGCCAUAAACUAUUUGUUGGUUAAGUACUGUGUAGCCACAAGGAGAGAUGGCAGAUCACAUCUUUGUUUAUGAGACAAUAAACAUUGUGUUGCAUUGUGUACGAUUUUAACCACCUGUCCCUAUAGGAAUCUAGGCCUAACUUUGUUUUCAUUGUCAUGACUCCCAUAUAUCACUGUCAGCUGUUUAGUGGCGUGCCGCUUUUCGGCACCAGAGACAUAAACAGACUUAAUUUCACACCCCAACGUUUCGUUCUUAAAACGGGCCCUCCAGGUCGGCCAUCUUAGAAGCGGAAAACUGUUGACUCUCAGUAAGCGAGAGGGCUUCUAUUAGCGAGGCGCUGGCAUUCUAUAAUGUUUUCAAUCUCCUCAACCAACAGCUUCCUGAGCCCUAGAGACAAACAGAACACGCUCUCAUUCUUUAAUCAUCUCCUUCUCUUGUUCUGUCAGUCGUUCUCUAUCUUUCUCUCACUCUCUCUGCCCUGUUUAAAAAGUCUUCAUUUGUCCUGUUUUGCUUACUCCCUCGCUCUGAAAGGCCAGCAAAUGGAAAUAGUUCUGAGGAGGGAUUAUUUAAAACAUUGUUUUCCCCCUCUCUUCUCUUUUGUGACUUUUUCAUUUGCAUUAUCAUUUGGGUUCCUAUUGAUCCCCGGGCUUAAAGAGAGCAGCGCGAAUGGAGAAAGAAAAGCGACUAGCAUCUGUAGCUUUGCUAGCGUACAAACGAAGAAGCAGCUUCACUGCAUCACUGCAUCUACUGUAUCAUCUUGGCUCUGCAGCUUCACUGCAUCUAUCAUCUUGGCUCUGCAGCUUCACUGCAUCUAUCAUCGUGACUCUUGGUUUCUUCUUUGGGUUUGAGAAGCAUGAAAAAUAUUCACAAAACAACUUCAGAGGGUCACAAGAGCUGUCAGAAUUAUUGAGAGACUAAAAAGGGAACUUUUUUUGUAAAAACACUUGGAGACCCAAAAAAUAUUUGGCUGGCCUUCAUGAUGGCUAACAUGUAUUUUAAUGACGCAUUCAGAAGGAGUCAACAAGCAUGUUUCUAAUCAGUGAUAUGAUAAUUGUAUUGGUGUAGUUAAGGCAUGGAAAGUAUUUUUCUACAUAAUUUAGCAGCAGGAAAUACUGUAUGAUGCAGAAUGUCUGGCGAUAGUAAUCAAGUGGAAAAUGUUAUUCUUCAGAAAGGGUUUUGAUAUGAGUAUCAAACAAGUGGAUUUGCAACGCCAAGGUCUUUGAUUGCCAAACUCGGCACAAAGAACUAUAACACUUUCAUUCAAAGUUCGUUCAACACCCAAUGUCAUAGAGUUUGGUUCAGUAUUCAAAGUCAGAGUUUGUUUCAACGUUCAAAUCGUGCAGUUAUUUCAAUAUUCAAAGUCAUUCAGUUUAACAUUCAAAGUCAUUCAGUUUGUUCAGUUCAGCAUUCAAAACGAUACAGUUAGUUUAAGUGUUUAGCACCAGACAGCAGAAUCUCAGUGAGACUUCACAGAGAAAGAAAGUCUUGUCGGUUUCAAACACCUCCUGUAGUAAACAAAAACGUAGCAUGCUGAAUUCACUUGCCACUUCUCCAGACACGUACUGUAAGGUCAUCACGGUAACACUGUGUGUGUGUGUGUGUGUGUGUGGUGUGUGUGUGUGUGUGUGGUGUGUGUGUGUGUGUGUGUGUGUGUGGUGUGUGUGUGUGUGGUGUGUGGUGUGGUGUGUGUGGUGGUGGUGUGUGUGUGUGUGUGUGUGUGUGUGUGUGUGUGUCCCCCCCCUUUUUUAAAAACGGAAACAGGAACCCCUUGAUUUUUUGAUUUAAAGUUUCCCACCGUUCUUUUUUUUAAGGGGUCGGUUUUUGUUUUUAAAAAGGGGUUUCAAAAUGGGUGGGUUUUUUCCCCGGUACCCAGGUCGGGGGGUUUUGUGGUGUCCGUUUUCUUGGUUUUCCUAGGGAUCCCAAAUUUUUAAUGUUGACCAAGAGUCCCCAAAGGGCCCCCAGAGAAAAAACCCCCCAAGCAAGGUUUUAAAUUUCCCCCCAUGGUUAAUAAAGAUUAAACCCCUUUCAAGGUUUGGGGGAAAACUUCAAAGUUGUAUAAAAAAAUCCCCAAAAAGGGGUUUUUGGGGGUUGAACCUAGAAAAUUUUUCCAAACCAAACCCCCGGGUGUGGGUUUGUAGCUAAGAGAUACACCAGGAUGUUGGGGGUUUGUAGCAAAAAAAACCCCGGAUUUGGGGGUUUUUGGGGGCCCCCCAAGGGGGUGGGGGGUUUGAGUGGAGUUGGGGGGAGAAAAAAAAGGUUUUUUGGUUUUUGGAAAAGGGCCCCUUUUUUGGGGGUUUUGGGGAAAAACCAAGGUGGGGGGUUUGUAGUAGAGAAUAACCCGGAUCGGAGGGUUUUGGGGGGAAAAAAACCCGGUGCGGGGUUUUUUACUAGAGAAAAACACCGGGAUGCUGGUGGGUUUUGAAAGAGAGAAAACCCCCGGUCGGAGGGUUGUAGUAGAGAGAUAACCCCGUGUGUGGUUUGUAAAGAGAAACCCCCCGGAUGCGGAGGGGUUUUUUAAGAAUCCCGGGGUUGGAUGGGUUUGUAGCUAAGAAAAAAAGGGUUUGGAGGGGUUUUGUAAAAAAAAAAAAAAAAAAAAAAACACCAGAGUGGGGGUUUUAAAAAAACCCCACAGGGUUGUAGAUAGAGAUCAACAAGCAGUUCUAACGGAUAUGUUGUAUUGGUGUAUUAAGGCUGGAAUAGUAUUUUCUAAAAUUUACACGCAGGAAAUACUGUAUGAUGCAGAAGUUCUGGCUAGUAACAAGGGAAAUGUUUUCUUCAGAAAGGGUUUUGUAUGAGUAUCAAACACGGUGGAUUUGCAAAGCCACAGGUCUUUGUUGCCAAACUCCGGCACAAACCAGAACUAUACACUUUCUUCAAAGUUCGUCAACACCCAAUGUCAUAGAGUUUGUUCAGUAUCAAGUCAGAGUUUGUUUCAACGUUCAAAUCGUGCGUUUUUUCAUAUUCAAGUCAUUCAGUUUAACAUCAAGUCAUUCAGUUUGUUUCAGUCAGAUUCAAAACGAUACAGUUGUUUAAGUGUUUAGCAACACCAGACAGCAGAAUUCACGUUGAGCUUUCUACAGAGAGAAAACAGUCUGUCGGUUGCAAACACCUCCUGGUAGCUAAAACAACAACGUGCAUGUGAAUUCACUUGCCACUUCUCCAGACACGUACUGGUAGGUCAUCACGGUAAAACACCGUGUGUGGUGGUUGUGUGUUGGUGUCGUGUGUGUGUGGUGUGUGUGUGGUGUGUGUGUGUGUGUGUGUGGGUGUGUGUGGUGUGGUGUGUGUGUGUUAUCCACAGGUGUGCAACAGCAAUGGUAACUGCCACUGUAAACCGGGGGUGGGCACCUCCUUCUGUGAGAAGCUUGGUCUGGGGGGGCAGCGUGGACAGUGGGCCUAUCCAGUACCACAGUGAGUUGACCUUCACACACACACACACACACACACACACACGCUCCUUCCUUUCCUUCACGACUCCCCCCCUAUCAACCUUCACACACCAUCUGAAUGUAACAUUGGCACAGCCUUGAUGUUUCAUUGCCCAGUUGAAGCAUUCUUCCACCAGUUCUAAAUCUAUUUUUUAAGAGGUCAUUUGGUCACUUAUCAGAUGCUUCUAGAAAGGUUUCUAUAGAAGUGAGUAACGUUAUUUUCCCUCUAUGUGUACUCCAGGUCAGCUGGGCUUGGUGGUAGCUCUUCUGUUUGUCUUCCUGGUUCUCCUACCUGGGAUCCUCAUCACCUUCUACUGCUAUUAAGCUAAGAGCUCUACUACGGAGCGAAGGGUUCGUCCAGAGAGCAAGACAACACAGGGCUAGGUAACUAGAAACAGUCGCUGGCCGCGCCUCUAUAAGGCUUAAUGAAGACUUCAUAAACCCUUUCAUAAGCCCUUCAUGAGGUCCAACCAUGGAAUGCUUACUAAAGCUUGUAUAAAAAAUGUGCACUACAGAUAAAGGAGUGGUUUGGUUUGACAAUGGAUUGAAACUCGAGACUGAGUCUAUUACUCAGAGACCGAUAACACCAGGAUGAUGGAUGGGUUUGUAGCUAGAGAUAUAACACCAGGAUGUUGGAUGGGUUUGUAGCUAGAGAGAUAACACCAGGAUGUUGGAUGGGUUUGUAGCUAGAGAGAUAACACCAGGAUGUUGGAUGGGUUUGUAGCUAGAGAGAUAACACCCGGAUGCUGGAUGGGUUUGUAGCUAGAGAGAUAACACCAGGAUGCUGGAUGGGUUUGUAGCUAGAGAGAUACACCCGGAUGCUGGAUGGGUAGGUUAGGCUAGAGAGAUAACAAACAGGAUGCUGUAGGGUUUGUAGCUUAGAGAGAUAACACCAGGAUGUGGAUGGGUUUGUAGCUAGAGAGAUAACACCGGAUGCUGGAUGGGUUUGAGCUAGAGAGAUAACACCAGGAUGGGAUGCCUGGAUGGAUGGGUUUGUUAGUAGAGAGGAUUAACACCCGGAUUGAUGGAUGGGUUGUAGCUAGAGAGAAACACCAGGAUGCUGUAUGGGUUGUAGCAGAGAGAUAAAAAAACACAAGGAUGCUGGAUGGGUUUUGUAGCUAGAGAGAUAACACCAGGAGCUGGAUGGUUUGUAGCUAGAGAGAUAACACAAGGAUGUUGGAUGGUUUGGUAGAGAGAGAGAGAACACCAGGAUGCUGGAGGUGUUUGUAGCUAGAGAGAUAACCCAGGAUGAUGGAGGGUUUGUAGCUAGAGGAUAACCACCCGGAUGCUGGAUGGGUUUGAUAGCUAGAGAGAUAACACCGGAUGCUGGAUGUGUUUGUAGCUAGAGAGAUAACAUCAGGAUGUUGGAUGGGUUUGUGGCUAGAGAGAUAACACCCGGAUGCUGGAUGGGUUUGUAGCUAGAGAGAUAACACCAGGAUGCUGGAUGGGUUUGUAGCUAGAGAGAUAACACCCGGAUGCUGGAUGGGUUUGUAGCUAGAGAGAUAACACCAGGAUGCUGGAUGGGUUUGUAGCUAGAGAGAUAACACCCGGAUGCUGGAUGGGUUUGUAGCUAGAGAGAUAACACCAGGAUGCUGGAUGGGUUUGUAGCUAGAGAGAUAACACCAGGAUGUUGGAUGGGUUUGUAGCUAGAGAGAUAACACCCGGAUGCUGGAUGGGUUUGUAGCUAGAGAGAUAACACCAGGAUGCUGGAUGGGUUUGUAGCUAGAGAUAUAACACCCGGAUGCUGGAUGAGUUUGUAGCUAGAGAGAUAACACCCGGAUGCUGGAUGGGUUUGUAGCUAGAGAGAUAACACCAGGAUGUUGGAUGGGUUUGUAGCUAGAGAGAUAACACCCGGAUGCUGGAUGGGUUUGUAGCUAGAGAGAUAACACCAGGAUGCUGGAUGGGUUUGUAGCUAGAGAGAUAACACCAGGAUGCUGGAUGGGUUUGUAGCUAGAGAGAUAACACCAGGAUGUUGGAUGGGUUUGUAGCUAGAGAGAUAACACCCGGAUGCUGGAUGGGUUUGUAGCUAGAGAGAUAACACCAGGAUGCUGGAUGGGUUUGUAGCUAGAGAGAUAACACCAGGAUGCUGGAUGGGUUUGUAGCUAGAGAGAUAACACCAGGAUGUUGGAUGGGUUUGUAGCUAGAGAGAUAACACCAGGAUGCUGGAUGGGUUUGUAGCUAGAGAGAUAACACCAGGAUGCUGGAUGGGUUUGUAGCUGUGACUUACUACUACUGCACACACGUCAUCCUCUGACUGCAAUCUGCCCACUCUUCACUUUCUGCACCAUCACAACACUUUUAUAGGGGUAAACAAAUGUACUGUACUCUCAUAAAAUCUACUACCUUCCCCUCUCCUCCAGUAGAAGACCGAUAUACCUGUACACACAAAGACCGGGCAUCAGAACGCUGAGUGAGUUAGUGCCUCUGAAAACAGGCCUGUCGGACAGUGUAGUUUACGGGAUAUGGAUCAGCCUGGUUGUUGGAUGAAGUCCAGACUGAGAGAGGGAGGUAUUCUGCCGUGGUGCCCCUGAAAAUAAAGCUCUGUUGACCUUCUGAAUGGACAGAGAAAAAUAGGUUAAUCAUUGGUAUUGGACUGGAAAAGGGGUCUAAUUAAAUUAAACAGAGGCGGGACAAAGGAGUCUUCUGAAGGAAUAUUUAACCCUACAGAAUAUGACACUUCUUGUUAGAUGAUUAAAAGGCUCUUUAGCGGAGACCAGCUGCAGUGGGUUUCUUCUUUUUAGUUUCGGAGCCAAUAGUUUGGGUUCGUUUACAGUUCAGUAACGGGAUACUGUGUAUGGUUGAUUAGGGAGGAUUCUGUGUAUGGUUGAUUAGGGAGGAUACUGUGUGUGGUUGAUUAGGGAGGAUACUGUGUGUGGUUGAUUAGGGAGGAUACUGUGUAUUGUUGAUUAGGGAGGAUACUGUGUGUGGUUGAUUAGGGAGGAUACUGUGUAUUGAUGUAUUUUAGUGUGUAUGUGUGUGCUCCUUGACCUGCUCCUCCACCUCCUCCUCGACCUUCUCCUCCACCUGCUCCUCCACCUCCUCCUCCACCUCCUCCUCCACCUCCUCCUCGACCUUCUCCUCCACCUCCUCCUCCACCUCCUCCACCUCCUCCUCGACCUGCUCCUCAACCUCGACCUGCUCCUCGACCUCCUCCUUGACCUCCUCCUUGACCUGCUCCUCGAACUGCUCCUCAACCUCCUCCUCCUCCUCCACCUCCUCCUCCACCUCCUCCUCGACCUGCUCCUCAACUUCCUCCUCGACCUGCUCCUUGACCUCCUCCUCGACCUCCUCCUCAACCUGCUCCUCGACCUGCUCCUCGACCUCCUCCUCCUCGCAUCAAACUCCUUGAGAAUGCUUGAUGGGGACACAAACUGUGACAUCUGGGGCACACAAAGACACACAGACACAGACACACAGACACAGACACAGACAGCGUAAUGUUUGCCCAAUCCCCCACAACUGGUGACUAUCAAAUCAGUAGAACAAAGGAUUGAAAAGCCAGCACAGCCUUCAGAAUAAAUCUGUCUAGUCGAUGGCCUUCUAACACCCCUGUGACAUAAAGUCCUUCAUUUCCUUUCUUCAUCCUCCGUAUUCCCACAGACUUGAAGGCUCCAUGGAGAAGGGUAAGAAUGGACACCUCAACCCGGCGUUUCAUCUGAAGGUGGUGGGUCCAGCGAACAAAGGAAACAGUCACAAGGGGGUGAGUGUCAAAGGAGAGGGGAGUUAAAUCUGAUUUGACUUCCGUCUCUCUGUACGCUGGCAAUGUUUCUCUCCGUGUUUCUGUGAAGAACUAAAGACAUUCAACUAAAAGGCAAGCUGGUUAAAUUGCCAUAUUUACAACUGUGGCUCUGCGUGUCAAUGUUCUGUCUUAGCAACUGUCACAAUCUGCCUCCAAUUUAGUCUUUUUUAUUUUUUUUCAACAAAUACUUCAUAUAAAACUUUAAUGUCAUAAUCCAAAAAAAAGUUCUUAACAAAAAAAAAAAAGGUUCUAACCCUUGUCUUUUCUCUCCCUACAGCUCCCUCACACCAGCAAAGAGGUUCUACCUCUCCGGCCAGGCCCCGCCCCUAACGGCACUCAGCCAGUCAACAUCUUGCGUCCCCUAAGGCCCGCCCCCUCGCCUCACAACACACCGCGGGGCUUCAAGGUGGUCCACCCACCUUUACUUGUCAAGUCCACCGGGGCCCCGCCAAAAUCCCCCGCCCCCCCCUCAAAACCUUACGCCACCCAAGAAACCGCUUCCCCUCAACCCAACACGAUCACCACUGGUAUCCAACCCAACACGAUCACCACUGGUAUCCAACCCAACACGAUCACCACUGGUAUCCAACCCAACACGAUCACCACUGGUAUCCAACCCAACACGAUCACCACUGGUAUCCAACCCAACACGAUCACCACUGGUAUCCAACCCAACACGAUCACCACUGGUAAGUUUGUCUUUUUUUCACUCUAAUUUUUAUUGUCUGUUUUAAAGACCAUCCAGCGUCUGUUGUUUUUACUAAGACGAUUUUGUUGGACAGAGGAACUAGAUGAAAUAGCAACGUUUUUGUUUUAAUCUUCUUAUUGUUUUCCAUUGAUUUCCUCAACAUUUUCCAAUAUUUGCCUAUAAGCUGUAAAAAGCCUUCGAAAAUCGUAUUUGGCCUUGAAUUUAAUAUUGCUCUGUGUUUGUGCGAAAUGAAUGUCUCUGCAGUUGUUUUUUGAUAAACAUGUAAGAGCGGAGGUAGAGGUACACUGUAAUGAAAUAACACACCAUGAAUUCAGACAAAGCCUGCCAACCACCGGAUUAAAAACAGCUUGAGUUGUUUUAUAAAAUCCUGCUCUAUUCCUGGUAUCAUUUGGAGUGUAUUAGGAGUGUGUGAUAUGGUGAAGUGCUUUGUUCUGGCGCUGAUCAUGUUCUAAGGUCUACUGUUUCUCCCUCUCUCUCCUCUUUUGCCUGUUUCUCUCUUCUCCUUUAAAUUUCUCUCACUUGUUAUCUCACCUUUUCUCUCUCUCUCUCUCUCUCUCUCUCUCUCUCUCUCUAGCCUCUCUCUCUCAUCUCUCUUCUCUCACUCUCUCUCUCCAGCGCUCAUCUCCUCUCUCGCGAUCCUUCUACUCUCUCGUUCGCUCUAUCUCUCCUCUCUCUCUCUCUCUCUCUCUCUCUCUCUCUCGUCUCUCUCUCUCUCUUCUCGUUGUCGGAGCUGCAGCCCCACUCUCCUCCCCCUCUCUCUCUCGAGGCCCCUCCCCCUCAGCCCCGCCCGAGGGGGAGUGUUACCCAUGAGCCCAGCGAGGGCGGUUCCUCCCAAACCCUCCAAUGGGCUGCUGGUGAUGAUGCCCCCUGCCGUCGGCCCAAAACCAGUGGGCAAGCUGUCUUUCGUCCCUCCUCUCAAAGCACUCAGGUGGGUCCAGAUAUACGCAGGCAGGCGAGCAGGCAGACAGACAGGCAGGCAGGCAGGCAGGCAGGCAGACAGGCAGGCAGACAGGCAAGCAGACAGGCAGGCAGGCAGGCAAGCAGGCAGGCAGGCAGGCAGACAGACAGACAGACAGACAGGCAGGCACAGGCAGGCAGGCAGGCAGGCAGGCAGGCACUAUGUGAUGUUGGUAUGGCCAUAGGUAUACUGCAAAAGCAAGGAUUAUCUUACUUACCUCAGGGAUUCUUGAAAGUUGUGACCAUCCUUGUCUAGCAGGGAAAUUUGAUUUUUAUAGUUGAAUUAAAAAAAAAAAAAACAUUAUUUGAGCUUAAAAAUUACAUUUAGGGAAAUGUUAUAAGGGAAAAUAUUUGUUUUUGUAAUUUUCAAUAUUAUUAAUUUUCCAUAUCGGCUCCAUGCCAGGAAAUGCGCUUGACCAGAGCAAAGAAUCACAAUUUCAAAAUCCCCCCACAAAGUGUUUAAAAUUCUAAAAGCUGGCAAAAAUAAAUAUUAACUGAUAAAUUAUCUAAUGUAGUUUCUUGCAAAAGCCUUCUCUGACUCUAAUAUUUCUCUUAAAACUGUGAGUUUUAGUCAACUCCGUCAGAUUUGUCUAAAAGUCAUCAGGAAUGAGCAGGGUCAGCUUUACCAAAAGGACCCCUUAUUCAUGUCGUCAUCACGUUGUACAACAAGACAAUGCAUGGUUCCGAAAGUCCUCUACGUUUGAUAGAUUUAAACAAACAAUAUUGAAGUUACCAUGGUUACAACCAUAACCUGUAAACUCCAUCUCCCUGAUAGAUUAAGAUAAAAUAUGAGUUAUUGUUCAAAUAUGUUCAUUUUAAUUAGGUUUCAGGUUCAUAAAGCAACUGAGGCUAAAUUGCUACUGAGUAUACUACUUAAAGUAGAUUUUUCUUGUGCAAUUUGUCAACUCUAUAAAACAUCAACUUUGUCAGAUAUUUGUCUAACGUCAACUCCGUCAGAGUGCUGAACGAUCUGAUGGAAUGGUUAUGUUUUUAAUGGGGAUUUUCAAAUGAAUCAUUUUUCAUAUUUUACUAAAUGUUUGCAUUGAACUUUUAUUUUUAGAAGCAAAAACAUGUACGUUUUGAGUAUCUGUUGUCAACUCUGACAGUGGCUCGUUAACUCCAUCACUGAUGGCUAACCCCCCUUAAGAUCUAUUUUUUUGUCAAUAUUGUGAAAACAUGUUUUAAUCACUGUUCUGCAACAAUACAGUAUGCUUAAACUAUUUAAGUAUAUGCUGUUCUAGACUUGUUCACUUUAUAAAUGUUAUUAUACGUUCUUUUCUAGAAAAACUGGCCAAAUUUUUUCUUUAAAUUAGCCCUGAAGCAUUACAUAUUUGAAUAAUCUAAUGUUAGAAUGAAACAGCCAAGGCCUUUAAACACUUGUUGGACAAUACAUGUAAAAAUGAAAUGCCUUUUAUGGUGUCAAACAGAUUUGACAGAAAUCCAGUUAGUUGCAUUUUAUGAAAAACCAUUUUUUUUAUUAAUAAUUAGGAGGUUGUUCCUUUACAUGGUGUGAUGGCAAAUACAAUGGACUAUCAAAAUAUGUAUUUCAAAUUGUGUUAAUAUAAGGUAAAUUAUUGGUGAUUUUUUGGGGGGGAUUGUCCCGUCUUUCAAGAAUCACUGAGCUACAUAUAUAUGGAAAUUAGCCUAUUUCAUGCAUCACUGUGACUCACAUUUCAAACUGUAUUCUUCUCAUUUAUAACCCAUUACAGAGACUGCCGGCUUUGUGGUUAAUAGCUAUGCUUCACCGUGAGCAGUGCCAUAAAUUAUAAUAAAUAUACUUUGUUUUUAGCUCCAAAUAAUUGUCCAAUGUUCCUGCCUUGGCAUCAAAUUGACCUAAUAUUAGUCUCCCUGAUGAAAUCUAAAAUAGCCACUCCAAGAAGUCGUUGCUCAUAAAUAAGCCAUUGUUAACAUUGUUGUUAUUUCAACGUGCUUCUUCCAACAGGUCUCCAACAAUCCCCCCUUUAAUGGCCAUUUUAUUAUUUCCCAUAAUAAUAACAACAGGGCUGUAUCGUUGAAACAUAUUUCCUCCCCUGAUUCCUGUAUCUCUCCAUCUCACACUGUUUUCAACUCCGGCAGCAAAGCUGUCAUAGCGAGGGGGUGAGCCAGUGUGUUUGUGUGUGUGUGUGUGUGUGUGUGUGUGUGUGUGUGUGUGUGUGUGUGUGUGUGUAUACUCACUCUCCUGGAGCUUUAGACCCAGGAAGAUAAGUACCUACCGCAGGUAGAAGUUCAUAAGCCACAGCUCACAUUGUCAAAGACAGAUCUCUCUCGGCUUUCACCCGUUUUGUCAAACAAUCAAUUCUCACCUUAUUUCGCUGUUAUGCUCGGAAUCUGACACGCGGCAAGAUGAGGUCUGCACUCUAUUUCUUUGAGAAGCAAAGAAGGCGACUAGCCGAACACUUUUGUAGUCUUUUUUUAUCUGCUGUGUUUAGAGUGAUAGCUGUUGGGAUUUAUGAGUUGUUCUAUGUUUUUAAAUGGAGAUUUUCAAAUGAAUCAUUUUUCAUAUUUUACAAAAUGUUUGCAUUGAACUUUUAUUUUUAGAAGCAUAAACAUGUACGUUUUGAGUAUCUGUUGUCAACUCUGUCGGCCUGAAGACUGGGCGUGUAAGACAAACGUCUGUCUCAACAUCACCCUGUCCUCGUUUCACUGGAAACUCUGUACCAAACACUCUACCAGCCACAACACACCAAGCCUCUGUCGGCUCUGUGUUAAAAGAUGUUUCUUUCUUUUUCUUCCUGUGUUUUUCUUUCCUCCUCUCAGACCGGUCCCAGGAGCGAAACCAAACACAGUCUCCUCGCCAUUCAGAAAAUGACCCUGGGAGCCGAGCUGAGCCUAGCCCAGAGGAGCCUAUCAGGAGCCAGAAGUCAGUCAGCAGCAGUCAGCCUAUUUGCACUACAGCGAUCUUGUUGGAGGGCUGGUACAAGACAGGUGUUGUCCAACAUUAAUAGCUAGGGGGCAGGGCAGAGGCUG